AUGUUCUGCUGGGGAGACUGUUCGAGUGGACAGUUUGGUCUACAUUUUGAGAAUGUGUCUGUUCCUAUAGCAGGGAAUAUAUUCUCUGAUAAAGUCACAGAAAUUGCUUGUGGGGAGCAACACACUUUAUUUCUCACGGUAGAUGGCAGGAUCCUAUCAUGCGGGCGCAACUCAAAGGGACAACUUGGCAGACAGAAGAACAGAGAUUCAAAACUACCAGGUAAGACAUCAUUUAAUGAUAUCUGAAUAUUUGGGUGCAAGGCUCGCUAUGUAGGCUAUUUACAGAAUAGGUGCAAGGAUCGCUAUGUAGGCUAUUUCGGAUUAAAGUGCGGCUAAAAGGAUGCUUGCUUCUGAAUUAUUUUAUUCUUUAUCGUUAUGCAAACAUUUUCUGUUCACGAUAUUGUUCAUUAUUACAGAUGAUAUUAAAAUGUGUAGUAGCCUAUAUUGAGCCUAGUAAGCUUUACCACAACUUUCAUAAAUUGCUAAACUAUCCCUCAAUAAAACUACAACAUAGGCUCACAGUUAGGUUUCAGUUUCGUUUCUCCAUCCAAGUCAGAGGAACGAAAGUUAAGUGUUGCUAUGUUCCCAGGAAUACAUCUAGGAUCUAAUUUACGUCAUCCUCAAGAUUAUUAACUUUUAUUUAAUCAGGGGAGCCCAAUUGAGACCAGCGUCUUAUUUUCAAUGGUGCCCUGAGGACAUAAAAUAAAAUAUAUGAAACUAUAAGAUACAAGAUAGAAUAACAAGAUACAAUAACAAGUACAUUACAUUAGAACAUCACAAACAUCACUGGCAUCAUAAACAAAUUAUUAAAGUUAAUCAAAACAAUUGCCCACCUCGGUGAAAUCAUUUAUCAUCAGGGUUUAAAACUGCCCUAGUGGCACCAGGGAAUCCAAAUGUAAUGAAUUGUGUAAGUGAUUCCAAAAAUGUGGAGCAUUAAAACAAACUAAAAGCGGAUUUACCUAGUUCGGUGGGAACCCAAGGAAUCUCAAGAGUUAACCAACCCUGUGAACGGGUUUUGGAUCUCAUGUUUUUAUACUUUAACAAUUAAGUUAGGUAAGUCGGAAGCUUGUAUAGUAGAGCUUUAUAAACAAAAAGGGAGCAAUGAAGUGAUCUACUGGACUCAGAUAAAUUGUUGAUUAACUCCUUCAUGCAUUACAUUAGGUCUUAUCAAUGUUCUGGCAUUUAACCCUUUCCAAGACAUAGGACUUCCAAUUAAAACUGUGUGUGUUCUACCCGUUUCAGCGCCAGUGGAGGGUCUGGCGAGAGUGGUCUCUGUGGCUUGUGGUCAGGACCACUGUGUAGCUGUGUGUGCAUCAGGACAGGUGUACUCCUGGGGGGCAGGGGGGGAGGGACAGCUGGGCAUCGCCCCUACUACUGUCUCCAAAGUCCCCAGACCAAGGCAAGGAAACCUCAACUUCAACUUCAAAUAGAUCUUGAAAGUUAAAUAUCCUCCAUGAUUUACAUUGUCAAGUAAUGAGAGCCCUCUUGGAUUCCACUGAUCACUAACAAAGACAAUAUGUACUAGAUGUCUCCUUUUUUCUUCUUCUACAGACCAGUUCCAAUACCUUCGCCCUUGCCAAUAACAGUGAUACAGGUUGCUUGUGGAAAUUCCCAUUCUUUGGCCCUGACUAAAGGUAUAACGUACUGUGCCUUUUGACGUAGGCCUACUGAUGUUUGUCUCACACAGACUGCAUUCCAUCUAAAUUAUGAUAACCACAUGCAUCAGUUAGACUACACUUAGAAAAAAAGGUGCUGUCUAAAACCCAAAAGGGUUAUUCAGCUGUCCCCAUAGGAGAACCCUUUGGAGAACCCUUUUUGGUUCUCGGAGGGUUCUACAUGGAACCCAAAAGGGUUCUACCUGGAGCCACAAAGGGUUCUGCCUGCAAUCAAAAAGGGUUAUCCUAUGGGGACAGCCGAAGAACCCUUUUGGAACCUUUUUUUCUAAGAGUGUACCUCAAAAUGACAGUGAGAUGAUAUUUACACAAUUGAUUAUGAAAUAAUCUAACUCCGGAGUUAUUGUUAUGUCUUUGUAAUGUAAUAUGUGAUUUCUUUGUCUUCUACAGGGGGACAGGUGUUCUCAUGGGGUCUGAACAGCCAUGGACAGCUGGGCCUGGGGAAGGGGGUGCCUCUGCAGCCCAUACCUGCCCUGGUGCGCUCCCUCACUGGGGUCCCAGUGACCCAGGUAGCAGCCGGAGGAACCCACACUCUGGCCCUCACCCUCCCAGGCCUGGUCUACUGCUGUGGGGCAAACAGGGCUGGGCAGCUGGGACUCAACCGUGUGGAUGAGAAAGGUACUACGGCACACUCUACUGCUCUUCAUAUGCUACUUGUAUAAAAAGCUAAUCAGGCUUAUCCACCAGCAUUUUCUAAUUUGAACUUGGAUUCCUUUGUUAUAACCACUAAGUGAUUUUACAGAUGUCUUAUAAUGAGUGGGAACAUUGCACUGUAAGUAUGAUGCUUGUUCCCCCUGCCAGGCCGGUACAACAUCUGUGCAGUGCCUGCUCUCAGAGUCUUGGGGGUUUCCUUCAUCAGCUGUGGAGAGGCACAUUCUGCUGUUCUCACCAAGGUAUCAUACUAUUACUGUGGAGAGGGACACUGCUGUUCUCACCAAGGUAUCAUACUAUUACUGUGGAGAGGGACACUGCUGUUCUCACCAAGGUAUCAUACUAUUACUGUGAAGAGGGACACUGCUGUUCUCACCAAGGUAUCAUACUAUUACUGUGGAGAGGGACACUGUUGUUCUCACCAAGGUAUCAUACUAUUACUGUGGAGAGGGACACUGCUGUUCUCACCAAGGUAUCAUACUAUUACUGUGGAGAGGGACACUGCUGUUCUCACCAAGGUAUCAUACUAUUACUGUCUUUUUACUGAAGGCUCCAAGGGAGAUGUUGGUGUGAAAGGAGACAAAUCUGACGGCAGGUCAUUAAGUUGAGAAAAAGUACAGUGGGCCCACUGGGAGAUAGUUCUGCACACAAAGUCAGCAACCUCUCAAAGAUACAAUUAUCACAUAUUGGUAAAUAUAGCCAGUUAUACAAAAUGACCUUGAACAGAGGUUAAAAACAAGUGAUCAAGUGUCUGGCGGGUGUCUGGGAGAGAGAGGCUACACAAUUAACCAUACAAGUCAUCUGAGAGCAUGAAUACAAUCUCAUACUAAAUGUGAAGUUACAGUUUGGAAUAUCACAGGUUAUACAGAAUAUGUCCUGAUUAUGGCUUUUAAUACAGAUCGAGCCUCAGGGCUACCAGGGUAAAGGUCAGUCCAGUGUGUCGACCCUUCAAUACUAUUAUACUGUCUCUUUAAGAAGUGAUUAGGGCCCUGACCUGACCACACCAGGAACAACUGGGCUUGACUUGUCAACAACUGGUUCUGGUUCUUUGUGGUCUUUAGGAUGGACGGGUGUUCACCUUUGGAGAGGGAAGCCGAGGCCAGCUUGGGCACGACGCAUCAGCUAACGAACUCAUACCCAAACUGGUGGAGCGCCUGGAUGGACUGGUCUCACAGAUAGCAUGUGGCAGGUAAUGACCAACAGCAUAAUGUUACUCGUACGCAUAUAUACACAUAUAAUAAACAGAUAGGAAACCAAUCUUGAACAUUCUCAGUUUGACUGUGUUUUUGUCUUACUGUAACUCUGCCAGCCAUCACACCCUGGUGCUGGGGUCCUCAGGUCAACUCUGGGCCUUUGGCAGUGGGGUCAAAGGUCAGCUAGGGACUGGCAACACAGAGGGCAGCUUGCGACCCACCUCAGUGCUGCUGAAAAGGGCUUCUGGUGGGGCAGCGACAGUCAUACACAACGGUACCAGAUACAAUGUCUAUUCUAUUCUCUUCUAUCUUUUAUUUGAUUCUAUUCAAUUAUAUUAUGCAUCUACAUACUGACUAUGUAGUGUUUGGAUGACUGAAUAAGAACACAUAACGAGACUUGAUGUCCCUACAACCUCUUCUGUACGUUUGAAUUUUUUUUAUCAGACAUGAAGAUAUCAGUGGGAUGGAAUUCAAACUUCAUUUACACUGCUGAGGUAAUGUUUCUGACCUUUUAUACCUCAAUAAUAGGAAGACUGAAACAGUCUAAAUGUCUUAAGCAGCAAGUUCAUGUUUGAGAUAUGUUAAUUUAUUAUAUUGCUUUAUCUGCCUUUGUAGAGUUCUGAAAGAGAACAGCCAAUCGGGAGGUUAGAUGAAGCCAAGCUGCAAAAAUGGCUGACGAUGGAGCAAGGAAAUGCAGAGGCGCAAAGGUUCUUAACCCAAAAAAAAUAGAAUAUUAAAACAUACAAUCUACCGUAGACAAAGAUUCUUUGUUUUUUGUUUUUAUUAUCUAGCUAACUCAAAAUGAAAUAAACAAACAUUUAUUGUACUGAAACAUAAAAUGUGUCCACAUUUGUUCCAACAGAGAAAUAUCCUUGAUGUUCUCAACAAGUUCAAGUCUUGUGGCCAGUUUCACCAAAGUCAAGUAAGCGAUUUUAAAAUGGAAGGUUUGGAUAGUUUAAAAUAAACUGUGUGUGUACAGUAUGUUGUGUCAAUGAUAAUGCUAUACACAUGCUAUACCCUCUACCAGUGAGUCUCCAUCAACUAAAGCUGCAGGAGCUUUGACAGUGGACCUAGAGGCUGCUAGCCAGGCUAUUGAUCAGCUCUUCAACAUACCAUGGAUCAGGAAAUCAGCUAAGAUUAACUCACUCUUCAAAGACUUAUACAAAUAUCAACAAUCUAUUAAAUAUCAAUAUUUAUUUUGAAUGGAGGAUCAUGAUAGCAUAAUGUUACUCUCUUCAUGUCUCUAUAUAUUUUCCAUAUAGGUAAAUAUAUUGCCACUGGUGGACACUCUUCGCGUUUCAGCAGCUGUCAUCAAAUCACCAGAGAUCUUUAUGAUACUACCCACAAUCCCUCUUCUCCACGAUGACCAGAACGUCAUGAACAUGGUCAUGGCUUUAGCAAUACUUAUCGUUGAGGAUCUGAGUGAGACAGCCAUGAAAACUUUAAGUAAAUAACCUCUGACCUUGUCAGUUUAUCAGCAAAUUUGGCAUCAGUAUAAUUUUACAGAAUUGUAUUAUAAUAGAAGCAUAUCUGACACUGUGACACAUAACCAUAUAUUAUAAGAUAAUUAUUUUUUUGGUCAGGCAAUAUGAUGGACAUAUUUUGUACUUUUGUACUCUUGUACCAUCUUAUAGAAGAGUGGUGGUCCUCAAUGGAGACAAACAUCAUGACUAAGCACAUUCUGAUGUGGAAGAAUGCCCUGUCAUUCAUGCUGAGGAACGGUCUUCUGGUUACCCACAACCCCGGAGUCAAAUUCCUGCUGGAAGCCCUCAAGUACCUCCACAGAGUCAGUGUCCAUGCACCUUGCUUGUCAAUCAUUUUUAUGCAUUUGAUAAUUUUCUAUAUUUCUGUCAAUAGUUGAUCAACCUCCAACAUACCUCAUUAACAGUUCAGUCCUUCAUUGUGAAUAAUUCAGAAUGAUUGCAGACAAUACAUUUGUGAUGGAAUGUAGAAAUGUAUCAUUAUCUUAUAUCAAAGGCAAACAAAAGGGCUGGAAGAAUCCAGAAAGUUCCAGCCAGUGCCUUUUAUGUGGAAGAGAUCAUCGGUAGCGUCAUUGCUGUGGAGGACUUGAAGCUUUGGCAUUUUUGGUCAACAAGGAAGGUAAUAAAAUAACAUAAUAACCAUCUCUAAAUGAGAAAAAUUAUAACUUGGCCCUCUCAAAGUAUGUUCUUACAAGAUGAGGGGGAAAAAACAUAUGGUGGCUCCCCACUGGGAAUCAGCUUUCACUUCGGAGCAUAUGAAAGAAAUGAGACCCAUAUAAAUUGUUGAGAUACUACUUCGGAUUUUGUGUGUGUCACUUCUAGGAUACGGAGGAGACGCCUGUUAUCUUUUGCCGUUACCCAUUUGUAUUGAAUCUGAUAUGCAAGAUGGGGGUUUUCAACAUUCAUGCACAUUUUACAAAGGUAAACUGUAUUAUUCCACUGGCUUCUUUAUAACGUUUGAUUGACCCUUAUUUAUGUAUACCUUACACAGUGGUUCCCCAAGCUGGAAUAUCAUUCUAUAUACUUAAAAUAGUGUAUGUUUAUAUAUUGUAGGAGUCUCACAAACUCGCCCACCGGCUAACAGUGAUGUGUCCUCCUGGAACAUUCACAGACGACCCAGAAUCUCCUCCUGCCCCAGUCUUCCAGUUGAAGCUAAGGCGCCCGUCACUCAUCGAAGACACCUUCAGACAACUGGGUGCUGCAGAUCACGAUUACUUCCAUAGAGAGCUUGUGGUAAAAUGAUCUUUUGUCAGGUCAAAAGGGACAAUAAUGUAACAUUAAAAUAAUUCUCCCUGAGACAGACAAUGUUAAAACUCAACUAAUCUUGGCUAAAUCAAACCAAAUCUCAGCUACUCGAUUUACCAUUUUAAUGUUAGACUGUCACUACUCACUGGGCACACACUGGUUGAAUCAACGUUGUUUCCACGUCAUUUCAACCAAAUGACAUGGAACCAACGUGGAGUAGAUAUUGAAUUGACAUCUGUACCCAGUGGAUAGACUAGAACUCAACCUAAAUGUGACCUAUCUUACUGUAUCCCUCAGGUACAGUUUGUGGAGGACUUGAAGCUGACGGCUGUCAACAAAAGGGACUUCUUCCUCCACUUGUUUGAUGAGCUGUUGGCACCCGAGUCAGAGAUGUUCAUGUACAACGACACCAAGACACUGGUCUGGUUCCCUGCCAAGGUAAGAACUUGAAUUAGGGAUUUCAUUACUGUAUAAUAGAUCACUGCACUCUCAAGCAAAUUAAAAUAGGUGAGUAAUGAAAUGUUAGAUUAUUCUAAGAACUAUCUAAAUAAAUUUAGUCGGUGCAUAGCAACAAAGAGAUUCAACCACUACAGCAGAGCCACUAUCUACACUUUAUCAAUCAAUAUACCAUUGUUUACAAGUAUAAUCACCAUCACUCCUAAUCUCCCCCUGAUGUACCAAGGUUUUAUUAUUAGUUAGGCUGUCUUGUACAUAUUCACAGCUAAAAGCUGAAUUGCACUAUACAGACAACAUAAAAGGAGAUAAAAGUUAGUUUAAAAAAAAAAAAUAUAUAUAUAUAUAUUGACAACUUGGGAUGGUGCCUGCUCUGGUUUAUUAUUGAUCUCUGCCUUGGCUCAUGUGCCACCUAUCCUUACUACCAGCCCAGAGUGGAGGAGAAGAGCUACUUCCUGUUUGGUGUCUUGUGUGGCAUGGCCCUGUACAACCACAACAUUGUACACCUGCCCUUCCCUCUGGCCCUGUUCAAGAAGAUGGUGGGGGUCAAGCCCUCACUGGAGGACCUGAGAGAGUUUGACCCUGUUGUGGGAGGGUACGUUUGUAUUUUAGAAUGUACAUUUUAGCAUUGAAUUGGUAUCCCUUAGAAAUGGAUUACAAUUUUUCAACAAUUAUUUAUUUUCAUUGUAAUUGAAGGAGUUUGCGGUACCUCUUGGAGGAAUACACUGAUGAUGAUGUUGAAGAAAACCUGGACAUGACCUCCACCGUAUGUAUAGUAUUGCAUUCAAACUGUUUGAUUGUUGAGCAAUGAAAUAUCACUUGACACAGUAUGUGAAUAGUGGUAAAACUGUUUAUUUUCAUCAGGUGAUCUGGGAUGACCUGAAGGUGGAGCUUGAUCCCAAAGAAACAGGAAAACCAGUCACAAGUACUAACAAGUAAGGUUACAGCAACAUUUACUCCUACAGAUGUAAGAUCUGAAUCUGAUCACUCUGUUGCAGGAGAACUUUCCUGCAAUGCAGGACAUUUUAAAAGUUAGUAUAUAUUUGAGGUUUAAAAAGGCUUCAGACUUGGUUUUCCCUUACGAAAAAAAUGUAUCAACCCCUACAAAAAUUUACAUUAAUUAUAAUCCACAUAAUAAUUCACAUUUCCUGUUGCUGAAGGAUUAUUUUCCUGCUGUAGCAAACUGGCUCACAUUAUGGUCUUACAUCUGUAAUGCAUAAUACAAGGUUGCAAUUUUAGAAGUUACAACAAGCAUGCUUUCUGCUUGUUCAGUUUUUUAAAAUAUUAAAAUACCAUUCAUUCUUUUGACAGGAAGCAGUUUGUUGAUGCCUACGUGAACCUCGCCUUCAACCAAUCAGUGGAGAAGGUGUUUGAAGAGUUCAGGAGAGGCUUCUUCAAGGUGUGUGACAGAGACGUGGUGGAGUUCUUCCAGCCUGAGGAGCUCAGGGGAGUCAUGGUGGGGAAAGAGGACUACGACUGGGACACGCUCAAACAGGUCUAUAGAAAUACAACCAUCAUUCAUUUCUCAGUAUGGGGCUGGGUGCUGACUUGAGAAAUGAGGGCAUAAAUCAAUCAAUGUGUUGAUGCAUUUAUAUCAAUGGGGGAUUUGCUUUGAUGUUCAAGUUAUGGGUACGUAUCUCAAGUUAGGACUGGGACUAGGAGAUAAUGUGCUAUACAUUGUCUAGCUGUACAUGGUGCUUUGUGACAUACUGUAUGACUUUGAGUGGUGAAUCGUUUAAAUGGAGUGCGAGUUUAAUAUUGUUUAAUUAUUGCUGCCAUUUGUUUUUUUUUGUAUAUCCAGAACACAGUGUAUGAUGGAGAGUACCAUGCCAGACAUCCCAACAUCGUCACAUUCUGGGAGGCUUUUGAGGAACUGACAGAUGACCAAAAGAAAGCUUUCCUCCGUAAGUAUGGCACUAAAUUGCUCUCGGUUGAGUAAAACUGGAGGAACCAUACAGUCUUUCAUAAUGCUGUUUUAGGGUUUUGUCUGCAUAUUUGAACUUCCUGUUCUACAAGAGCAUUUACAAAUAAUUUUUGUCUGAACACAUUUUAGUAAUUUAGCAGACACUUAUCCAGAGUAACUUACAGGAGCAAUUAGGGUUUAGUGCCUUGCUCAAGGGCACCAACAGCAUAUUUUUCACCUAGUCUGCUCUAGGAUUUGAACCAGGAACUUUUCGGUUGCUGGCCUACUGCUCUUAAUCGCUAGGCUACCUGCCGCACAACGACAUUCACUAUAUUUCUUCCCAUUCUGUCUACCUUUCACGAUCUCUCCCCUCCUUCUCAGUGUUCCUGACGGGCUGUGAUCGCGCUCCCAUCCUGGGCAUGGACAACAUCCAGAUGAAGAUAGCAGUCCUGCAGAACUCUACUGAACUACAUUUCCCAGAAUCCCUUACCUGCUACUUCCUCCUGCUGCUGCCCAUCUACCCUUCCAAGGAGAUGCUGCUGGCCAGGCUCAAAGAGGCGGUGGCCCACAACAGAGGCUUCUGGAAGGAGUAACGGACAGUAUAUAUAGGCUACUGCUGUGUUCAUCAUUUCAUUCAAUGUGUUUCUUACAUGUUCAGUUUAGCAUAGGAUUUUGAUUGUGUUGAUUUUGAUUUUGAUUGUGCCUUCAUCUAGGUUCAGAUUUUAAACUUUCUUUUAAAAACUUUUAAAUCUUGGCUUUUUCCUUGGCUUUUUCAAGUGAAAAUGUGAAAAUUGCAAAUGUAGGAUAUGUAGGCCUACCCUAUUACAGAAAAUAACAUUCCUUGACUUAAUGUUCAUUCAUUCUGAUUGUGAUAUAUACAAAUAAUUCUUAUUCAGUAAUACAGAUUCAGUAAAAGACAUUCAGUAAUAGACUUUCAGUAAUAUACAUUCAGUAAUAGACAUUCAAGAGCCUACUUAUGCAUGUUUUCUUUAUUGAUAUAGUGUGCCAUUUUAUGUCAUUCUACAUGGGAAUAUCCUUUUUUUCUGAACACAUGUCUGCAUCAUCUUUUGACAUUUAUGUCUGUAUCUUGUGUUUUAUUGACAGAAUAAUUAUUCAUGUAUCUAAUAAAUAGAGAUGAUUACUUUCGCCUUAAAGUGUUUUCUUUUAUCAAUGGGUACUGCUUUCAGCACGCCGAUGCAGAGCAGUGGUGUGGUUUCUCCAACAACGUGCAUAACCUUCCCAGCUAGCACAUAACGUUCUGAGAACCAUAUGUUUCUUAGAGCGUGGUUGUCCUAUGGUUAUUUUGCAUACAACCUUCCCAUAUCGUUUCCUCAUGGUUCUAUUUAAAGUAAUGUUCUCAAAUUGUUCAGAGAACGUUAAAAAACAACGUUCUUCUAUGGGAAUUUCAGUACAGCAUAACCUUUCCUACAGGUUUCAUCAUGGUUUUAUUUAAAGUCAUGUUCUCAGAACGUUCAGAGAACAUUAAGAAACAAUGUUUUUCUAUGGGAAUUCCAGUACUUCAGCAUAACAUUUUCUGCAGGGCUCCUGGUUCUAUUUAAAGUAAUGUUCUCAGAACGUUUAGAGGACAUUAAGAAACAAUGUUUUUCUAUGGGAAUUCCAGUACUUCAGCGUAACGUUUUCUGCAGGGUUCCUGGUUCUAUUUAAAGUAAUGUUCUCAGAGCAUUAAGAAAACUUUCCAUAAAAACCACAAGAAAACAUUAGUAACAUUCAAAGAAUGUUGGAAGAAUGUUAUUUAAAAACAUAUACAUUCCGUUCCCAGCAUCAACAAAAUUCUCUCUAUCCUAUUAAGUUUUUCAGGUGUGUUGGCCUUGCCCACUAAUUGGCAACACCUGAUCUUAAUGAAUGCUUGUUUCCUUUGAAAUAGGGUCUGUUUGAAUAGACUAAAAUGAACAGAUUUCUAUGAGUUAAAAAAAACAUGGCAUGCUAGCUCCAUUCUAGCGGCGCAGUGGACUAAUUCCAAGGCUAGAGAGCAGAAGAUCAUAGGUUUGAAUCUCACUGACACCAUGCCACAUUAAAAAAUACAUGGGUUUACAUAAUUAAUGCCUAAGCAAAUUAAUUUCCAUAUGUCCUAUCUGUGCUUGGAGUUCAAACAGUUAACCUAAGCUAGCAGUGUUAUUAAAAGUCUUCUUGAAACUUGUUCUUAGAACAUUAUUUAAUUACCCUCAACCUAUAAUUUAUGUUCUUAGAAUGGUAAUAAAAUCUCACAGGAAAACUUUCAGGGAACCAUAGAAGAACCUCCCUGCAACCUAAAAGUUAAAGUUCCCAGAACAGGCAACAUUUUCACUUCCAUUCUCAGAAUGUUUAAAAAACGUUCAGUUUUAACCAUCAGGAAACUUAUGGCUUCGUCCCCAGAACCAAUGGGAAACCAAAAACGUAUGUUCCCACAACUUCCAAGGAACCAAAUGUGCUAGCUGGUGUGUUUGUUUAAAAUACUUUAUUUACCUGGCCCCUGUCCCACUGCAUAUGUGCCAACCUGAUACUUUCGUUUACUCAGGCCAUGCCCAUUGUGACAUAAGUUUCUGUUUGGAGGAAAACGUCAACUCAAGUUUCGUUUUCGUUUCUUGCGGUGUUUCUUUUACAGAUAUGUCAUAUGGUGGCGUUCAUGACUUUCAGAACGCACUGACUCCCAGGGUGCUGAAUGACGGUCCUGUGUUCCAUCAAGAUUAGCUGAUCAUGGUUAGCUGAUUAUGGAUACGUUUAGGACGCGAUAAUAAUAACACAUUGACAAUGUUUUCGUGGGGAGAGAAUACCCGUUGAUGGCUUUGGUUUAGUGAAGUCGAAUGGUUUGGUAAAGACGAACACGGACAGUUGCGUAAAUUUCAUAGGCAUGAAAUCUCCAAUUACGCAUCUAUCUGCAGGUAAUACAGUAGUCGCGUUCAUCAGAAAGAAUGGGGAACAAGUGUCUGUCGCUCGAAUGCAAGAGGACAAAGAUGGGAGAAGGAUCACAGGAAAACUGAGUAAGCACCUUUCCUAUAUGUUUUUUUUUCCACCACCAGAGCCCGCUUCUUUACUGAAUUCCUUAAACAUAAUAUUUAAAGCGGCAAUCAGCUGUUGAAACAAUAACAAGCAUCCUCCCCACCUCUGUUUCUAUAAAAAGCUGAGAAAUGUAACCACUCUCAAAUUCAUAGAUAGAGCUAUGGGAUGCAAGGACUGACCAUCCAUGAUAUCAAAAUUAUAGUUUUAACAAUGUUUUGAGGCUAUACAGUGUUUGUUUACAUUUACUUUGUUUGCAAAUAUUGUAGUAAAACAAGCUUAUAUUUUGGGUUCUGAUGGGGUAGGACAAUUGAACUAAGCUCAUGAGGCAUUUAUAAGUUAUAUUCUUCAAGAAUCAAUGGGUACAUAGCAUUCAUUUAUAAGUCAAAAAAUGGAUGUAGCAACUGCUAAUUGCCCCUUUAAGCUAUAUAAUACAUUUAAUGUAUAUUUCAUGUGUGUAGAGGGUGUGGAGUGCGGGGAGAAGAUGGUGGCUCUGAGUUGCGGAGAUGCCCAUGUUAUUUUACUGUCUGAAGAGGGAAACGUUUUCUGCCUCACCCAAUCAUCCAAUGUUCCCAGGUGGGUGCUUGACAGAAAUUACACAUCUCUAGGCUUAGGCCUAGUCACAUUUGAGUUGCUUCUGUCAAGUUUAGUAAUUGAUCGUAUUGUAAUGGUCACUUUUGGUUGUCUGUUUCUCUUGUGUUUUCUCAGACGAGUGGGUAACUUGAAUCAGGUAAUUCAAGUUGCAUGUGGAGACCAGCAUUCAAUUGCACUAACCCAAGGUAAACAGUCACAUUCUAAAUCGCUCAGUUUGAGAAGGGAUACGAUAGGAGGCUGUCUGUGCUCUUUGAAUGUCCUUUUUACCAAAUAGUGUCUGUUCCAGGUACAUAGAUAUCAACAUGAGAAAACUGGAAGAGAUGGAGACCCGCACACUGUCAAAAAAACAAAUGAGGCUUUAAUGCUAAAAUAGAGAUGCUUUAUUGGGACAUCAUCAUGCCCAAAAGUUCAUAGCGCAGAAAUAAAGGGUGAAAAAAACUACAUCAGUUUUAGAAGGUUCACAAUAGACAUUUAAAAUAAAAUUCAAGAUUAAUUACAAAUUAAUUACAUUUUGAACUCUGUUUUUACUUUUCGCGGUGGUUCAAUUGAGACCUAUAUUUGGUUUCGCGCUGACUGCAUAGCUUUCAAAUGCGGCUAUGGUUGUUUGCACGCUCGUGCCGCAGUGAUGCUCAAUCAAUGCUAACGUUAGCUAGCAAGCUAUAUAGCUAGCUAGUCAGUCCGCGCUAUGCAUAUUUAUCAUUAUUUUCACUGCAUUUGACGUCGCGUUGCAUAGCUGUUUACCCUUGGGAGUUUAUUGGGUAAGUGUUUAUGGAACAUAUCGACAGUUGUGCAUGUUAUCUUCUCUGCACAACCGCGGUUCUACGUUACCUAGCUAGUGAACCCGCCUCGAGCCGCCAUCUGCGCAAUAUCUUGUUCGGAACAUGCGUGCACAGUCCAAAUGACAACCAUCCAUUCAAUGAUGGCAGUUGAGUUGAUCUCUGCGGCGGGUUGCUGAGAUAAAUCAAAUACUAAUUUCAGGUUAUAUUCAUGGAGGACCUCAGUCAGGGGAUAAACGUCUGCGUGAGAGCGACAGUGAGGAGGGAAUUGAGGAUUUAAGAGGGAUUUACUGAAAAACUGCUGUGUCCAUCCAGCAACAGGCAGCGUAGGGGGUCGCAGGAGGGAUGAAAUUGCACACUGAUAGUUGAUCCUCCUAGUUAAGUAGUUGUGCAGCCUAUGCAUUGUGCAGGGUUCACUUUGACUGGGGGGAGGGGGGCAUUGAAAAUGGUGUGCAUCAGAACCAUCCCAUAGAGAAAAUAAAUAUGGGAAGGUUAUUCAGUGGCGUCUUUAAUUCCACACUCAAACUGUUGGCAGCAGUGAUUUAUUAGUUAGGUUUUAGAAACAUUUUGAACCGCUCCAGAGAUUAUUAACAGAAAUGCUCUCUCGCGUGGCAGUUUGAUUGCCCAUUGUAUGUAUGCAUGCGUAUCCCUGCGUGAUGGAAUUGGGUUUGAUGCUGCGUUCAAAACAACUGUGAACUCGGAAAUCUCCUACUUCAGUGCGUUCAAGAUAACUGGGAACUCCGAAAAAAAACUAGUUCAGACUGGGGGGGAAAUAGUUUUGAACGUCAUCCAAGUCGGAAAUACGGGCAUCUUUCUAGAGCUCCGACCUCAAGAUCACUGACGUCAUGAUUUGACCUCGUUUCUUGAAAGCACCAAGAUUCGGGUAUAGUGGCCAACAAUAGUUUCACUCAACAACAGCUGUGAGACGUGACAACUAAGAGGCGAUUUUGAGUUAUCACGUGUUAGUCUUUUUUUAGGGGGGGUGAAUGUUUGAGUUAGGCUAUGCAUAUAUAGGCAUAAUUUCUGAAGGCGUUCUUGUCCAGAUUGAUAUUUUCUCAAAUAAUCGAAUAUAAAAACGAUUCGCUUUGCAUUUCAAUCAAUAUACUGGAUCCUCUAACAAAAAAUACAUCCUGUUUGGGGCGGCGCAUAAUUGGCCCUGCGUCGUCCAGGGUAGGGAAUGGCCGGCAGGGAUGUAGCUCAGUUGGUAGAGCAUGGCGUUUGCAACGCCAGGGUUGUGGGUUCAAUUCCCACGGAGGGCCAGUAUGAAAAAAUAAAUAAUGUAUGCACUCACUAACUGUACGUCGCUCUGGAUAAGAGCGUCUGCUAAAUGACUAAAAUGAUGUUUGACAUAACACUACAGCACAUUUGCUUUCACAUGUGGUCCUCUGUAGCUCAGCUGGUAGAGCACGGCGCUUGUAACGCCAAGGUAGUGGGUUCAAUCCCCGGGACCACCCAUACACAAAAAUGUAUGCACGCAUGACUGUAAGUCGCUUUGGAUAAAAGCGUCUGCUAAAUGGAAUAUUAUUAUUAUUAUUACAGUAUAAGAAUCAAUGGGUACAUAGCAUUCAUUUUUCCCCGGGACCACCCAUACACAAAAAUGUAUGCACGCAUGACUGUAAGUCGCUUUGGAUAAAAGCGUCUGCUAAAUGGAAUAUUAUUAUUAUUAUUAUAAGAAUCAAUGGGUACAUAGCAUUCAUUUUUAAGUCAAAAAAUGGAUGUAGCAACUGCCAAUUGCCCCUUUAAGCUAUAGGAUACGUUUAAUGUAUAUUUCAUGUGUGUAGAGAAUGUGGAGUGCAGGGAGAAGAUGGUGGCUCUGAGUUGCGGAGAUGCCCAUGUUGUUUUACUGUCUGAAGAGGGAAGAGUUUUCUGCCUCGCCCAAUUUUCCAAUGUUCCCAGGUGGGUGCUUGACAGAAAUGACACAUCUCUAGGCUUAGGCCUACUCACAUUUGAGUUGCUUCUGUCAAGAUUAGUAAUUGACCAUAUUGUAAUGGUCACUUUUGGUUGUCUGUUUCUCUUGUGUUUUCUCAGACGAGUGGGUAACUUGAAUCAGGUAAUUCAAGUUGCAUGUGGAGACCAGCAUUCAAUUGCACUAACCCAAGGUAAACAGUCACAUUCUAAAUCGCUCAGUUUGAGAAGGGAUAUGAUAGGAGGCUGUCUGUGCUCUUUGAAUGUCCUUUUUACCAAAUAGUGUCUGUUCCAGGUACAUAGAUAUCAACAUGAGAAUACUGGAAGAGAUGGAGACCCGCACACUGUCAAAAAAAACAAAUGAGGCUUUAAUGCUAAAAUAGAGAUGCUUUAUUGGGACAUCAUCAUGCCCAAAAGUUCAUAGCGCAGAAAUAAAGCGUGAAAAAAACUACAUCAGUUUUAGAAGGUUCACAAUAGACAUUUAAAAUAAAACUAAAAUUCUCACAUACCAAGAGAAACUAACAAUGCAGCACGUGUCCUGUGAGAUUUUCCAAUGUACAGAUAUUAUUUUACCUUCCAUUGUUGUCUAGAUGGUAACGUGUUCACGUGGGGCCAGAACUCCAGCGGACAGCUGGGUUUGGGGAAGGGCAAGCCCAUCACCCUUUCUCUUCAGCCUGUCAAGUCUCUGUCAGGGAUCCCCCUGGCUCAGAUCACCGCUGGGGGAGACCACAGCUUCGCCUUGUCCCUCUCUGGAGCCGUGUUCGGCUGGGGCAAGAACAAUGCCGGACAGCUGGGACUGGGGGACACAAUAGGUACUGUAUACACAAAGAUUAGUAUGUUAAUGUGUUUGGUUAUCUCUUUCAUUAAUAGUUGGUAUCUUUUAAAGAAAAGUAGUACAUUUGAUAUGUUUGAAGCAGACAGUAUGAGUAGAUCUGAUCAUUUAAUGUCAAAUCAUAUAUAUAUCUUUUUUAUAUAUAUCUUUUUUACAAUAGUCAAAACAGAAAAAGACGAGCAAAGAAAAAAAAUAGAAAAUAUUCUGUGAAAUCUAUUUUCUACAGACAGACCUGCUCCAGCUCCUGUUGAUUGCCUGAAUCUAAAGAAGACCAUUGCUGUUUCCUGUGGAGUGGAGCAUACUGCCGUUCUGACAAAGGUUCAGAAAUUUUUUACACAACAAUAUUUCCAACUGACACUAUAUGUUUUUUUCUUCCAGUACCAUUAAGAUCUAAAGAAGGUUUGGACCAAUGAUGUCUUACUAGUUGCCAUCACAUACAGUAUAAACAUGAAUAUCAACAACAAGAGCCCAACACAUCAUGAUAACUGUGUGAAUGGGUUUUGUUCUAGGGAGGUAUAGUGUUCACAUUUGGCUCGGGUCGAUAUGGACAGCUUGGACACAACUCUUUCAGAGAUGAACUACGACCUCGACUGGUGGGCGAACUAUGGGGGGCAAAGGUGACCCAGAUCGCCUGUGGAAGGUAUGUAGUUACUAGAUUGAUUGAUAUAAGUCAUGUGAAUCUCCGCACAAUCAUACAUUGUCACACAAAGAUCAAUGGAUGUAGCUUGGAUGGUAAGAUCAAUCUUGGAGUGUUACUGGGUAUAUUCUUGGAUAUAUCCAUUUUGGGGGGCAUUCUUAGGGAUUACAGUUGAUUUGUGAUUUUUCCUUUACCUAGAAACCACACAUUAGCGUUUGUGGGCUCCUUCAAAAAGAUCUACUCAUUUGGGCUUGGAGAGCAAGGGCAGCUGGGAAAUGGAGUCAAGAUGGAUCAGUCUGUGCCUCUGCCAGUACAGCUAUCACAGGGUAGUUAAAUAAUUUAUUUUCCUCUGCCUAACGUGACCUAUUUGAAACUCAAUACAGUACUUAGGCAGAAAUUUUGAUCUUUCUGAAAUGAUAAAAUGACAGGUUUAUAACAUCAUAACUGUUUUGGGUAACUUUCAGACCGCAUUGAUGACCAGCAAAUUGAACAAACCUUUGCUGGAGGAAACCAUUCUUUUGCCUUGUGCAGCUCUGCUCAGGUAUUGCGUUUACAGUUAGUUUGUUCUGAGUUAGUCCUUAGUACUUAACAUUGUUUUAAUACAGUGCAUCAAAUUGUUAUUACAGGAAUCAGGAAAAGGUUUGAAUGACUCCCGUCUUGAAAAAGUGACUCAGACAUUAGGCAAUGACAUCAUUGACAGAUGGAUAUUGCAAUGUGACUCAAAAUCAUGGACGGAAAUACAGAAGUAAGUAUCCUACAUGACCAAAAGUAUGUGGACACCUGCUCGUCGAACAUCUCAUUCCAAAAUCAUGGGCAUUAAUAUGGAGUUGGUCCCCCCUUUGCUGCUAUAACAGCUUCCACUCUUCUGGGAAGGCUUUCCACUAGAUGUUGGAACAUUGCUGCGGGGACUUGCUUCCUUCAGCCACAAGAGCAUUAGUGAGGUCGGGCACUGAUGUUGGGCGAUUAUGCCUGGCUCGCAGUCAGCGUUACAAUUCAUCCCAAAGUUGUUUGAUGGGGUUGAGGUCAGGGCUCUGUGCAGGCCAGUCAAAUUCUUCCACACUGAUCUCGACAAACCAUUUCUGUAUGGACCUCGCUUUGUGCACGGGGGCAUUGUCAUGCUGAAACAGGAAAGGGCCUUUCCCAAACUGUUGCCACAAAGUUGGAAGCACAGAAUCAUCUAGAAUGUCAUUGUAUGCUUUAGUGUUAAGAUUUCCCUUCACUGGUACUAAGGGGCCUAGCCUGAACCAUGAAAAAACAUCCCCAGACCAUUAUUCCCCCUCCACCAAACUUUACAGUUGGCACUAUGCAUUCGGCAGGUAGCGUUCUCCUGGCAUCCGCCAAACCCAGAUUUGUCCGUCGGACUGCCAGAUGGUGAAGCAUAAUUCAUCACUCCAGAGAACGCGUUUCCACUGCUCCAGAGUCCAAUGGCGGCGAGCUUUUGUGGUAGAAAUUCUAUAGGAAGAGAGACUGCAGAUUCUUUCAAACAACAACUUUAUUAUAAGAUUUGCAAAAAUGAAGAAAUCAACCAUCCACUCAACAGUGCAUUGUUGAAAGCCCAACGAACAGAGUUGUCUCUCUCCUUUUAUAGAAAGUACAUCCUUUUUAUCUAUGUGACAGUUAGCAGAUGUGCAGAAACAGGCCCUGGGAACAGUUGUAAAAAGGAAUUUAGCUCGUCUGUAUAGAUCAAGAUAGCUGAAAUCGCCGCCAUUCUCUGUUCCUCCCUGCACUUCCCAAUAGCUACAUUCCUGCCGAUUGUAAACACAGGAGGUCACAUACUGCGGUCAACCCAAACGGCUCAUAAAUCUGUACACUCAGAUUUAUGACUAAGUCAUACAAGACAAGUUUGCAUCAGUAAAAUAUACUAGCAUAUAACAAUGGACAAUUCUUUAAGUAAAAAACAUUAUAGUAUGUCUAAUUAAACAGUAUAGUAUGUAAUGAAUAUUAAUUUCCUCCACACUUUAAACCACUCCAGCCGACGCUUGGCUUUGUACAUUUUUUAUUGAUUUAUUUCACCUUUAUUUAACCAGGUAAGCCAGUUGAGAACAAGUUCUCAUUAACAACUGCGACCUGGCCAAGAUAAAGCAAAGCAGUGCGAUAAAAACAACAACACAGAGUUACAUAUGGGGUAAAACAAAACAUAAAGUAAAAAAUACCACAGAAAAUAUAUAUACAGUGUGUGAUCUUAGGCUUGUGUGCGGCUGCUCAGCCAUGGAAACCCAUUUCAUGAAGCUCCCGAUGCACAGUUAUUGUGCUGACGUUGCUUCCAGAGGGAGUUUGGAACUGAGGACAGAUUAUUUUUUACACGCUACGCGCUUCAGAACUCGGCGGUCCUGUUCUGUGAGCUUGUGUUGCCUACCACUUCGCAGCUGAGCCGUUGUUGCUCCUAGACGUUUCCACUUUACAAUAACAGCACUUACAGUUGACCGGGACAGCUCUAGCAGGGCAGAAAUUUGACGAACUGACUUGGUGGAAAGGUGGCAUCCUAUGAUGGUGCCACGUUGAAUGUCACUGAGCUCUUCAGUAAGGCCAUUCUACUGCCAAUGUUCGUCUAUGGAGAUUGCAUGUCUGUGUAGUUGCAUGACUGUUAUACACCUGUCAUCAACGGGUGUGGCUGAAAUAGCCGAAUCCACUAAUUUGAAGGGGUGUCCACAUACUUUUCUAUAUAUAGUGUAUGAUACAAAUAAACCUCAUCCCCAGGCUCAAUACAAAAAGGUCCCAGGAAAUUACAUACACUGAACUAUAAGAUUUUUCCCAUUUAUUUUCAGGGAAAUCACAAAAACAUUCUCUUCUGCGUCACGUUUAAAUGGGAGCUUCCUGGACAAAAGGUAAAAACUCACUGCCUAUCCAUUAAUGUUUUAUCAUCACAUUAUUGAAUACUUUUUGUUUUAUUGUUGGAUAUGUAAUAGUAUUUCUUGGUCUUAUUACUCUAGUCGUGAUAAACAUUACCAAACCUCACUGAAGCACUCUGGCCUGGACUUGUCACUCGCCCGACUGGUUUUUCAAAAGCUUGCAGAAAAGGACAAAGUUCUGGCUGAGGUAUCAUUUCAUUUAUUAUCUUUAUGAUGAAAUACUUAUUUUCAAUACUUGUGUUUGUUGUCCUUGAUAUUCAAUUUGACCAGUCAUUGAUACUGUAAGCCACGAUAAGUCAUUUAGUUGUGACCCACAAGCACUCCUUUCAUGGUUCUAGGUUAAAGAAGUCGUCCAGCACAUACUCCUUCCCUCCCUGAGUAAGGAUCCCAUUGGGGUGGAGGGUCUGAGGGUGUACCUCAUCAUCCCUGAGCUCCUGAGGGUUCUCCUAAAACAACAACGUGGCAUAGACAUUACUGAGGCCUUCGCUGCAGCCAUCCUCAGACUGAACCCAGACAAGCUCCAGAUCCUUGGUAAAGUCACCAUCCAUCAACUUUAAACUCCUCUCUCUUCUCUUCUCUCUCUUCUCUUCUCUUCUCUUCUCUUCUCUUCUCUUCUCUUCUCUUCUCUUCGUCCCUCUCUCUUCCUUCUCUUCUCUUCUCUUCUCUUCUCUACAUUGUAGGAUUUUUAAUGAAUUUAUUUGCAAAUUAUGGUGGAAAAUAAGUAUUUGGUCACCUACAAACAAGCAGGAUUUCUGGCUCUCACAGACCUGUAACUUCUUCUUUAAGAGGCUCCUCUGUCCUCCACUCGUUACCUGUAUUAAUGGCACCUGUUUGAACUUGUAUCAGUAUAAAAGACACCUGUCCACAACCUCAAACAGUCACACUCCAAACUCCACUAUGGCCAAGACCAAAGAGCUGUCAAAGGACACCAGAAACAAAAUUGUAGACCUGCACCCAGGCUGGGAAGACUGAAUCUGCAAUAGGAAAGCAGCUUGGUUUGAAGAAAUCAACUGUGGGAGCAAUUAUUAGGAAAUGGAAGACAUACAAGACCACUGAUAAUCUCCCUCGAUCUGGGGCUCCACGCAAGAUCUCACCCCGUGGGGUCAAAAUUAUCACAAGAAUGGUGAGCAAAAAUCCCAGAACCACACGGGGGGACCUAGUGAAUGACCUGCAGAGAGCUGGGACCAAAGUAACAAAGCCUACCAUCUGUAACACACUACGCCGCCAGGGACUCAAAUCCUGCAGUGCCAGACGUGUCCCCCUGCUUAAGCCAGUACAUGUCCAGGCCCGUCUGAAGUUUGCUAGAGUGCAUUUGGAUGAUCCAGAAGAGGAUUGGGAGAAUGUCAUAUGGUCAGAUGAAACCAAAAUAGAACUUUUUGGUAAAAACUCAACUCGUCGUGUUUGGAGGACAAAGAAUGCUGAGUUGCAUCCAAAGAACACCAUACCUACUGUGAAGCAUGGGGGUGGAAACAUCAUGCUUUGGGGCUGUUUUUCUGCAAAGGGACCAGGACGACUGAUCCGUGUAAAGGAAAGAAUGAAUGGGGCCAUGUAUCGUGAGAUUUUGAGUGAAAACCUCCUUCCAUCAGCAAGGGCAUUGAAGAUGAAACGUGGCUGGGUCUUUCAGCAUGACAAUGAUCCCAAACACACCGCCCGGGCAACGAAGGAGUGGCUUCGUAAGAAGCAUUUCAAGGUCCUGGAGUGGCCUAGCCAGUCUCCAGAUCUCAACCCCAUAGAAAAUCUUUGGAGGGAGUUGAAAGUCUGUGUUGCCCAGCGACAGCCCCAAAACAUCACUGCUCUAGAGGAGAUCUGCAUGGAGGGAAAGGGCCCAAAAUACCAGCAACAGUGUGUGAAAACCUUGUGAAGACUUACAGAAAACGUUGACCUGUGUCAUUGCCAACAAAGGGUAUAUAACAAAGUAUGAGAAACUUUGUUAUUGACCAAAUACUUAUUUUCCAGCAUAAUUUGCAAUAAAUUCAUUAAAAAUCCUACAAUGUGAUUUUCAGGAUUUCUUUUUCUCAUUUUGUCUGUCAUAGUUGACGUGUACCUAUGAUGAAAAUUACAGGCCUCUCUCAUCUUUUUAUGUGGGAGAACUUGCACAAUUGGUGGCUGACUAAAUAGUUUUUUCCCCCACUGUAUAACAGGUUCUGUGUGCUGUUGUAUUAACUAAAGUCUUGUCUAAUUCCAACAGAGGGCCUAUGGUCGACACUUCCAGACACCUUCUUCAAAACUCUGGUGAAAACAUUCCACUCUGCGUCAGCAGAGGGCUAUGCUGUUAUUAAACAAUUUAAAGGGACUUUAAAGGUUAUGGAGAGGCUGUAUGAGGUAAAUAUCCAUUGCCAUAAUUGGGUGCCUUCAGAAAAUAUUCAUACCUCUUGACUUAUUCCAUAUUUUGUUGUGUACAGCCUGAAUUCAAAAUUGAUUAAAUAUAUUUUUCCCCUCAACCAUCUACACACAAUACCCCAUAAUGACAAAGUGAAAAUACCCCAUAAGGCCUCAUGGUGAAAUCCCUGAGUGGUUUCCUUCCUCUCCGGCAACUGAGUUAGGAAGGACGCAUGUACUGUAUCUUUAUAGUGACUAGGUGUAUUGAUACACCAUCCAAAGUGUAAUUAAUAACUUCACCAUGCUCAAAGAGAUAUUCAUUGUCUGUUAUUUGAAAAAAUUUUUUUACCCUUCUUCGCGAGGCAUUGGAAAACCUCCCUGGUCUUUGUGCUUUAAUCUGUGUUUGAAAUUCACUGCUCGACUGAGGGACCUUACAGAUAAUUGUAUGUGUGGGGUACAGAGAUGAGGUAGUCAUUCAAAAAUCAUGUUAAACACUAUUAUUACACACAGAGAGUCCACACAACUUAUGUGACUUGUUCAGCAAAUGUUUACUCCUGAACUUAUUUAGGCCAUAACAAAGGGGUUGAAUACUUAUUGACUCAAGACAUUUCAGCUUACAUUUUAUUUAUUUUUUGUAAAGAUUUCCUAAAACACUUCUACUUUGACAUUAUGGGGUAUUGUAUGUAGGCUAGUAACAAAAAAUCUCAAUUUUAUCCAUUUGAAAUUCAGGCUGUAACACAACAAAAUGUGGAAAAAGUCAAGGGGGUGUGAAUACUUUCUGAAGGCACUAUAUAUAAUGUAUGAAAAAUAGCAAUGUUGUAUGCUCCAGUAACCUCUGUUUUGUGCAGGUCAAUUGCAACAGACGCAUCAAAAUUGCGGCAAGCAAUUUCCACAUCAACAGAGCCAAUAGGUUGCUUCAGAAUGUGAGUAGCCUAUCUCAUAAAAUGACUGCAGGUUGGUAUCAAAAUGGGUAAUUAUGGGCAUGAUGUCACUGCAAUCUACAAAGAGUGGAAAAAGACUUAGUAAUUUCUAAUCCUCUUUAGAUGCUCAACACAUUUGGAGAUAUUGACUACCUAAAUCUUUCAGAGGUAAGCAAUGAAAGUCAACACCAAUCAAUUCAAUUCAGUAUAGAUUGUUUGACAUAUUAAUUGACAUUGUCGAUUAACUCAUUUAUUUCUUAUGCCAGGGCUUUUUUGAUUCAUUUCACCAGCAAUCCUGCAUCUUCAACACAGAGGCUAAAUGUAUAGUUUAUCAAUUGGAACUCCGUUACAGAGUAAGUUGUUUACAAAAUGGAGUGUUUAUAAAAAAAAGGUACCACAUUCAUUUACUACACUGCUAUCAGAUGUGAAAAAUGAAGACUGAAUGUUGCCGUAUCUCAAAUGUGCUCCUUUUUUAGUUUCCCUUCCAUGGACACUUUUGGGUCCCUAUACUACAUGUGAGCAGAGAGACAGCACUGGAAGAUGCUUUCCAGCACAUUCUACAAAGUGGGCACGACUUCACAAUGCCUUUGAAGGUUGUUGUUAGCUAGAUUUUAUAGUUUUUUUGUUUGUAAAAUAUUUCUUUUUUACUUUGUAGCUAUAAAUGAGAACUGAACUGAACUUUGAAAAGAGUAGAGUGAUUAAACAAAUAACACAAACACAAGGACUACUUUAACAUCUACCUCUGUAUUAGGCAAAGUAUUUUCAUUUCCUAAUCCUUAUUUAGGAGUAAAUAGCGUGGUUUUUGUGUCCAGGUGAAGUUUCAAGCAGAGCAUGGUGUAGAUGAAGGUGGCGUUUCACUGGAAUUCUUCAGCCUCCUGGGGAGGGAAAUUCUCACAAUGGAACCAAAGACACUGGAGGUUUACGAGGACUCUGGACUAGUGUGGUUCACGACAGAUGUACGUUCCAUAUUCAAUUACAUAUUGUUCCCAGAUUGAACUCAAUCUUUCCCCCACUAUUUUUUUGUUUUAUUUACUAACUUAGAAAUAUCAAUUAUUAGAAAUGUAUAUUAUUAUCUGUUAUACUGUUAUUAUACUGUUAAAUAUUGAAAGUAUUGACUAGCUAAUGGCAUUCUGUUCUUUUCAAUCCAUAGGACAGCGGUAUUACUGAUGAAUUCUACUUACUUGGGCUGCUCUGUGGGAUGGCACUGUAUAAUCAGUGUGUUCUGAACCUCUGCUUCCCUCUGGCUCUCUUCAAGAAGCUUCUGGGUCUGACGACAACAUUUGAUGACCUUAAAGAGAUCUCUUUCACUGAAGCAAGGUACAAUUAUUCCAUGGAAAAAUAUAUACAGGUAACUGCCAAAAUAAAGGAAACACCAACAUAAAGUGUCUUAAAGUUCCAAUGCAACCAUUUUUAUCUCACUAUCAAAUCAUAUCUGGGUAACAAUUAAGCACCUUACUGUGAUUGUUUUCAAUUAAAAUGGUCAAAAGAAAGAGAAAUUGCUUCGCAAAGGACAAUUUCUCAAGCAAGAAUUUUGCAAGGACUGUAUAGGAAUGCUCUUAGUGGGGAACGGAAAACUGAAAAUAUGCUGUUAUUGGCAGGGAGGUAUUUUUUGGUAUUUUAUUAGGAUCCCCAUUAGCUGUUGUGAAAGCAGCAGCUACUCUUCCUGGGGUCCACACAAAACAUGACAUAAUACAGAACAUUAAUAGACAAGAACAGCUCAAGGACAGAACUACAUAAAACAUUUUUUAAAGGCACACGUAGCCUACAUAUCAAUACAUACACACAAACGAUCUAGGUAAAAUAGGGGAGAGGCGUUGUGCUGUGAGGUGUUGCUUUAUCUGUUUUUUGAAACCAGGUUUGCAUUUUAUUUGAGCAAUAUGAGAUGGAACGGAGUUCCAUGCAAUAAUGGCUCCAUAUAAUACUGUACGCUUUCUUGAAUUUGUUCUGGAUUUGGGGACUGUGAAAAGACCCCUGGUGGCAUGUCUGGUGGGGUAAGUGUGUGUGUCAGAGCUGUGUGUAAGUAGACUAUGCAAACAAUUUGGGAUUUUCAACACAUUAAUGUUUCUUAAAAAAAGAAGUGAUGCAGUCAGUCUCUCCUCAACUCUUAGCCAAGAGAGACUGGCAUGCAAAUAUUUACAUCAGCCCUCUGAUUACAAUGAAGAGCAAGACGUGCCGCUCUGUUUUGGGCUAGCUUUAGCUUAACUCUCUUUCUUAUUGGUCUAUUAACUAAUAUGCUUCAUGGUAAUGUCUGAUCAUCUGAUGGAGUUUUUGAAGGCCAAAACUCCAUCGCACCAAAACAGGCUGAAAUUUCAGGCAGCCUUUUUUUUUUUUUUUUUUUUUUAAUAGCCCUUACACUAAAAGUGUAUUAUGAUAAUUUCACAAUAUUGUUCCAACUUCAUAGUGUGGAAAUAUAUAUAAAACAUAGGAAAAUCAUGUUUUUGACUGCACUGGGCCUCUAAGCCACCAGAACAGCUUCAAUGCACUUUGGCAUAGAUUCUACAAGUGUCUGGAACUCUAUUUGAGGGAUGCGAUACCAUUCUUUCACGAGAAAUUCCAUAAUUUGGUGUUUUGUUGAUGGUGGAAGAAAAAAUGGCGCCGCUCCAGAAUCUCCCAUAAGUGUUCAAUUGGGUUGAGAUCUAGUGACUGAGACACACAAACACACACACACAGUAAACCUCCUAUGCUCCUUUGAGACCCCUCUUUCAAUGUCACUGAGAUCUCUUCUUCUAGCCAUGGUAGGCAAAAUAUUGGGCAACUGGGCAUUUUUAUACAUGACCCUAAGCAUGAGGGAUGUUAUCGAGGGAUGUAAUUACUUAAUUAACUCAGGAACCACACGUGUAAAAGCACCUGCGUUCAAUAUACUUUGUAUCCCUCAUUUGCUUAAGUGUUUCCAUUAUUUUGGCAGUGACCUAUAUAUGUUCAUGUCUUCAACUUCUGUCUGUUGAUUUAAAGACUCCCUACUACUGUAUCUCAAAACAUUUCAGGAUGGUGUGUUUCAAUACUCCAGCAAAGUUAAGGUUUCAUCUUUUUCAAGUUGGUGGUAGCUCAGUUGCCACUAGUUUGGGUGUUACAAUGCACUUCAUUUUAACAGUGUUGUUGUUGUUUUAGAGUUUAUUAUCUCCUCAUAUCACAUUUAUACUGUUUGUUUGUUUGUUUAAAAUUAGCGGCUUACAGUAUGUGUUGGAUGAAGAUGAGGAGGUUGUUGAAGCACUGGAUUUGGUUUUCAUGGUAAGAGACAAUUGAUACCUUUAGCAGUUUUUGGUAGCCUCCACAGGUAACCCCAGCUGAUGCAGUAAUCAUCUCUAUUGUCUUUCGAAGGACAAAGGGCAAGAACUGAUACCAAAUGGAGAGGAGGUCCCAGUUACCAUGGUCAACAGGUAUAUUUGAUGACAGUAAUCUUAUCAACUUAUAAAUCUUAUGAAUCUCUUGAACUAAAAAAAGGAUUCCACAGGAAGUGUUCUGUACUCAUAUACAAACAUUGGUCUGCCAUAUGUCAUUCACAGGAAGAAAUAUGUUGACUUGUACGUUGACAUGAAGCUCAACAAGUCGGUGCAGAAUCAGUUUGCAGACUUUGAGAAAGGCUUCCACAAAGGCUGCCCUAUACAGGCAUGGAGGAUGUUUCUACCUGAGGAGCUUAUGACACUUCUACAAGGAGAUGACAACUACGAAUGGGACAAGUUGAGAGAGGUAAAGUUCUACCUGUUUAGAUACGUCAUAAGAGUACAUAAACAAUAUAAUAUGGAAGUUCAUACAUGUAUGGUAGCCUAUAUAGCAGCUCUAUGCUCCCAGUGGUUAAAUCUUGUCCCAUACUGUUUGGGCUAUACAGUCUAUGGCUAUAAUGCAGUGGCAUGGUCUACUGUACAUGUGGUUGUUUCAAUAUGUUUUUCUCUGCACUAACAGAAUGCCAAGUAUCAAGGAUAUAGGCCCACAGAUGACAUCAUCCAGAACUUCUGGAUAGUUUUCAUGGAGUUCUCUGAGGAGCAAAAGAAGAAGUUCUUAAGUGAGUUAACAAACAAUUAUGAUUAACUAUCUUAAAAUAAAUAAGUAAAUAAUUGUAACAUAAUAGUAGCGUUCCACAAAUGCUUGGUCAGUGGAUAAUUAUUCUCCUCUCAUUUCUAACUUCUAGCUUUUCUAACUGGAACGGACAGACUGCCCAGAGGACGAAGUCUCUCCAAACUACAGAUGCAAAUCACGUCUUUGGGCGGUACUGAUGCUGAUGAAUAUUAUCCGAAAGCACAAACCUGCUAUGUGACGUUAUGCCUCCCUAACUACAGCAGUAUCGACAUACUACAGGAUAAACUUCUCCAUGCUAUCACCCACUGUGAUGUGUUUGGAGAUUUUUGAAAUGGUUAAACUGGGAAUCAUGUAGCGUUUAGUUUUUUUUUUUCCCUGCCUGUCAAUAUUAUUAUUGUUUUUUUAAGUCAUGAAACACAUUCAGAACUAACAACUGAAAAUCUUCAAACAUGAAGUAGUCUUAAAUAUAGUUUUUUCUAUUUAAAUUACUUUAGUAUUGCGCAAUGUGGACCAAUAUAAAUAUAUAUUUCUUGACAUGUACUACUCAUGUCUCCUUCAUGCACUGGGAUCACUGGAUACGUGGAGACCUCUGCUGUUUGAAUAUCAGAACGAUGUGCUGUCUUUGUAAAUAUCAUCUUUUAUAAAUGCGAAUGAGUGCCAUAGUCAAAAGAGCCACUGUUAAUAAAGAUUUGUUCUUGAAGUGGAAGUUCCAGUGCAAUACUGUUUUUUUUAUGACAUUAUGCAAAUACUAAAAUGUAUGCAAAUAGUUAAUAAUGCCCAUUGCAAUUAAAACUUUAAAUAUGCCUCUAUAAUUGGUUUAUUCUAUUUUAUUUUACAUAUUAUAUUCUGUCCAUCGCAUGAUUCGGCUAGAUAUUGCUGACACCAGUCAUGCUCGCCACUAGAUUCUAUACCCACAAAGUCAUAAACCCCGCCCUUUUCUGAAAUGUAUCUUCUUAAAACGUGAUUUUAAACCUUACCCAAACCUUAACCACACUGCUAAACGUAUGCCUAACCUAGCCUUAAAUGAAGACAAAAAAACAUUAUUUUUUUUGGCCAAUUUUGUGGCUGUGGAAUCUGACUUUGUGGGUAUAGAAGUGGAAACCCAAAGUCACAUGUUCAGUGACGAAGGGCAUCAACCUGCAUCACAACUUCCUUGUUAUUGUCGAAACGCCUAGCUAGUGGAAUCCAGUAAUGCAACUCUACAGGUAAAACGCAUGCUAUUUUUAGCUUUAAAUCACCUAGCUACGUUUUAUGCAAUUGUUUAAAUGUCUAUAUGUGAACGUUUUAGAGUCUGUGAAAUGCAGAUAGAUUCACUAGCUUGGCUAAAUAUGGCAAGCUUGUUAGUAUUCUGCGAAAUGGACGCAUUUGUAAAUCUCGUUAAGCCCUACCCGUUAGCUGUCGUUUUUUAUCCGGAUAGCUAGUUACCGACCGCUAGCUGAGACGAUAGAGUUGACACGAUUGACCAGCUAGCUACUUUACAUAGUUAUAGGCUAUAGCUAACUAUAUACAGUAGCUAACGUUAUACAGCCAUAUGGUGGUCACAUCCAGACGAUCUUGGAUGUAAGCAUAGAGCAGUAGUUGGAAUCUUACGUCAGCCAACGUAACCAUCUGCUAGCGCAAGCUCGGAAUCAUCCCUUGCACAUUUAUUCAUUGUCAAUGUAACACCCAACAACCAUCAUCAUCCAUAAGGCCUCUAUCUAGCCAUAAGCCACAUAGGUAGCUAUGACACAUGCAUAAUGAAUGAUGUGUCUUGUCUGAGCAUGACAGAUUGUAUUUGCAUGUGUAAACUAAAAGUGCCACUUGACUUCCAAGGAAAGGAGGGGCCCAUGUCUCCAUGGUUACUUCCAAGAGGGCACCACACCUUUAGAGCAGAAUCUCUCUCUCUGCCUGUCUCUGCCUUCACCUAGGCUAACUCUUGUCCAUAGCAUGCACGUUGGGAGUGGAUUGCGAUAAGGCAGGACAGUUUGGUGCUGCUUAAGCAGGGAUUACAGAGGCACUGGGUUUAUUUAAACACGCUGGUGGUGCUUCCACCUUAUCUUUUCACCGCUCACGUCUCACACACACACACACACGCACACCCAGCGGCAGGCUCCACCCCCUGCAGAGUGUUUACCCAGCCUCGCUUCAUUUUUAAAACAUGAUCCAACAUAUCAGAUGAUGAGUGCACUGUAAGGGCCCAUGAUGUGAUCUGACUGCCAUCUGACUCCCUAAUCAUUCUCCUCCUCUCCCCUGUUUCUCCCUUCCAGGCUUGUGAUUUACACCAAGGGGAGAAGGCAGGGCCGCCUUCUAGCCUGAAGCUCUCCUCCUUCUUCCCCUCCUGUCUUUCACACACUCCUUCCCACCAUCGCUCUCUCCCUCUCCUUCCCUCCAUCUCUCUCUCCCUCUCCUUCCGUCCUUCCCACUCUAAGCCAUGAUGCUGUGUUGGGGCAGUACUGUGGAGGGCCAGCUGGGUAUCGGCGGGGCGAGGGACCCCGUGUGCGAACCCCGGAGCUGCCAGGCGUUCAAUGGGCGCGGCCUGAAGGAGGUGGCGUGCGGCGGGCGCCAUUCGCUAUUCCUGUUGCAUGAUGGGAGAGUGUACACGUGCGGCUCCAACCGCUGUGGACAGCUGGGCCAUGACAAGCCGGGGGACUCACCAGGUAAGCUGCCAGUACCAGCCAAUCAGCAAUCUGCGAAUAUUAGCAGUCAAGCUAACACUGAUGUUUAUUUGUGGUACAACCUGUGUUUGUUGAUAUUGUGGAUGGAUUAAAAAAAUCUGCUAAACUGAAUGCCCGAUCUGGUGGGAUAUAUAUCUUAUUGUACUUGGCUGCAACUCUAACGUGUAAGCACAGGGGAAUCUGCCAAUGAGCAGCCCACUGUUCUCUACCAUAAUGAAACGGUAUACCUGUGUCACAACGUUUGUUUAGACCCCCCCCCUCAGAGUUUACAUGGAUAUCUUAAUAUUACAGUAGCAUUUCAUCUCUUUUGCAAUGCAGACUAUAUGGAUUCAGGGCGGAUUAGGUUAGAUUUACUAAACAGAGGGAGAAUGCCUGGGAGGAAGGAGGUAUGAAAAUCUUAAAGCCCAUGUUAUUUAUGACAUUUGGGCUGCGUCCCAAAUGACACCCUAUUCCCUAUAAAGUGCACUACUUCUAUAGUGUAAAAGUAGUGCACUAUAAAGGAAAUAGGGAGACAUUUGGGAGGAAUCCUUACUGGUAGCUCACUGGCUCCUAGGCUAAUCCAGGAGAGUUGAUAGGUUGGAGGAGCACUAUUUCCAGGACUCAGGAGUGUGUUGUCACUCACAUGGCUGUUAAUGAGAUCUCAGGCACCAAUGAUCUGCUCUGUUGCAUCAUGUGGGGUGGACAGGACACGUGUGUGUGUGUGUGUGUGUGGGUGGAAGGGUCAUAUUUAUGUUUAGCCAUACAACUAUACGUUUGACGACUGCUUCUGGAAACUACCACGAAAAGUUGAUUAUUGUUGGAAGCACUCCCUUUGCCACCAGUCAUUCUCAGAGCAUUAUUGCAUUUAAUAGGCCUAUUUAUUGACCAGUUGGGCCGAUACCACCAGCCUUACCAUAGGCAAAGGCAAGGAUACAGUUUUUGCUCUGUACUGAAAGUGAUCAAUCUUAACUUGACAUUUUAUACUUUUUUUUGAAUUCCAUUAACAGUGGAUUGACUAAUGGACAGAAUACUAAAAUAUUGUUUUUGAGUGAAUUAUCCCUUUUAAUGCGUCAAUCCUUAGUUGAAACAAUAAAAAAGCUGUCAUUCCAUCUCUAUUUUGGUAAAAAGAUGAGGAAUGGGCCUGGAGAAAUUUAACCGCUCUCAAAAUCAUAGGCAGGGCUAUGUAUGAAAGGACUGACCAUCCAACAUAUUCAAAUGAUAGUUUAAAGCAUGUUUUUUGAGUCUAUACAGUGUUUGUUUAUAUUUACAAUGUUUGCAAACAUUGGAGUAAAACAAGCUAAUAUUUUGGGUUCUGAUGGGGUUUGACAGUUGCACAAGCUCAUGACUUAUUGAUAAGUUAUAUUUUUCAAGAAUCAAUGGGUAGGUCUAUAUAUAAUUUAUAAGUCCAAAAAUGGAUGUAGCAACUGAAGAUUGCCCAACUGAAGAUUGCCCUUUCAAUAUUAAACUGAGCCAAUCACAACCAUUCUGUUAUUUUGUAAAUACUCCAUCAUCAAAACAAUAAAAUAAAUGUAGCCCUUAUUUUACAGGUAAGUUGACUGAGAACACAUUCUCAGUUACAGCAAUGACCUGGGGAAUAGUUACAGGGGUUGAAUGAGCCAAUUGGAAGCUGGGGAUGAUUAGGUGGCCAUGAUGGAAUGAGGGCCAGAUUGGGAAUUUAGCCAGGACACCGGGGUUAACACCCCUACAAUGAGUGCCAUGGGAUCUUUAGUGACCACAGAGAGUCAGGACACACGUUUAACAUCCCAUCCAAAAGACGGCACCCUACACAGGGCAAUGUCCCCAAUCACAGCCCUGGGGCAUUUUUUUUAGACCAGAGGGAAGAGUGCCCCCUACUGGCCCUCCAACACCACUUCCAGCAACAUCUGGUCUCCCAUCCAGGACCAACCCUGCUUAGCUUCAGAGGCAAGCCAGCAGUGAGAUGCAGGGUGGUAUGCUGCUGGGACCUAAGACUUUGACACCAAAUGCGCUAUAUAGUCUAUUUCUGCCACACAGGAAGUUAGUAUAAAGCUGCAGUACAAUACUGUAUGCUGUGAAAUAUGUUUCUCCUUUCAUCUUAUCUGAGUAGUUUCUACUGUGCUGUGCCCUCAUGCCUAUGAAGCUGCUGCUCACUGCUAGUGGAUCGCAUGCAAACCACCACCCAACCACUCUCUAGGCUACGUGGUCGGCCACACAGAUUUGUGUACAGGAACUGAGGCACGGCAGGAGGAGACUGAGGCACGGCAGGAGGAGACUGAGGCACGGCAGGAGGAGACUUGUUGGGAUGCAUUAUUUAGUCAUCACACACACGCGUUCUUGACUUCCAAUUCUCAGGCGAUAUUUAACCGCAAUUAUAGGUGCUAAAGUGCUGAGGUAAAAUGUAUAAUGUUAAGGUACAUAAUUUUUAAGACACAAACUAAAUAAUUGGCUUUGAAAAGCAAAGUAGUCUGAUGAAACCUAUAGGCCUAAUGCUGAAACAUAUUGUUCUUUUUUUUAAUAAUAAAAAAGUAUUUGUCGCCAAGAGUGAUUGAAAAUAUCAUAUAAGAAAUGACCGACAUUAACCCGUGUUUAUGUUGCUUUCAGUUCUUCCUAACAUGCCUCCAUGAUAAGUGAAACUGAAAUGUGGAGCUAGAUAGUUAGAAAGCAGUGGGACAUUCCAGAAGAUGGUUGGUCAGAUAGUGUACCCACACUAAAUACUUGAAGUGGGUUUGGUCUCUAUGGCUUCCAGACAGUCCUAGCAUACCCUUCUAGAAUGCUCAUACCAGCAGAACAGACAAGAGGAUACAAUGAGAAAAUACACUUCCUUUUCUCAUCCACAGUAUAGUCUAAGAUGCACCAGUCCUAAAACUGGUACAGGUGGAAGAUCUUAUUUGACCAGUUUCUCACAGCAGGAAAAUAAUCCUGCAGCAACCAGAAAUGUGAAUUAUUGUGUGGAUUAUAAUUAAUGAACAUUUUUGUAAUGGUUGAUACAUUUUUUUGUUAGGGCAAAUAAAGUCUGAAGUUUUAAAGUAGAAAUGAUCAACUUUAGAAGCCUUUUUAAACCUUGAAUACACUACACGUUUGCAUUUCCUGCUAUGCAGGACGUUUUCUGCAACAAUAGGGUGAUCAAAUUAAGAUCGUACAUUUGUAGAUGUGGAGCAUUCAUUCUAGACAUUAGUCUUUCUAGAGAGCCUGGCUAAAGUCUGUCAUACCCUCCUCCUCCCCCCCCCCACUCCCCACUCCCCCCUCCCCUCUCCCCUCUGUAGAACUGGUGGCGGCCCUGGACACCCAGAAGAUAGGGGUGGUGUCAUGCGGCCAGGCCCACUCCAUGGCGCUGAAUGAGCAGGGCCAGGUGUUUGCCUGGGGGGCCGGUGGAGUGGGCCAGCUGGGUCUCGGGACAGCUGAGGAGACCGUCCCAAUCCCCAGGUGACCCAGCAUGCUAGAACAUACAUACAUUAUUGAAGCUUUGCUGAGGAAUAGCCUACUGGAAGAGGUACAUGAAAACCAAUGGAAUUGUGAGAACUGCAUGUGAUGGCUAAAUGUUGGGAGCAUAGAGUUUCUAAAACCAGAGGCGCAACAUACUGUAGCGAGAAUUCCGGGAACGCUUGCGAAACAGACCAAACAGACCAGGCCGGGGUUUGAGAAGUCAAUGAGAGAAGUGAAACAUUCUUCCUUGGUUGUUAAUUUUCUCUAAAUCUAAAGGCACAACUGAGAUUCGAGCCAAUGUCUUAAGUAGUUGAACAUGUUAUUACUCCAACCUCGUGAAAGUGACAAACUGAAACAACUUUAUAUAGAAGGAGUGCCUUUGAUUUGUCGGCCUGCACAUGCACAGUUCGGCGCGAGACGACAGUUAGACCCGAUGACAGGUUUCUGCGCAUGGCUUAGCUAGUCAACGUCGCCAUGACAUCACCUUCAAGUGUGAUUUAAGGAUUUCUAUUAGAGAAGCAGUUUAUUCCUAUCUUCAUACUGUACUGUCUUUGCUGGUAGGGUUAGGGUUAUGUUCUGGAUGUUGAUUAUACAGGGAUAGUAAAGCUAACUGUACAUUGAAUGUACUUGGUUAAAAUCUGCCGAAUACGGCACAGUUGUUCAGCACUGCCAUUGUUCAGGCAUUGGCCUCACAACUCAAUGCAUCUCCUGUAUUUCUCAGGUUGAUCAAGAAGCUGUGCGAGCAUCGCAUCUCUCAAAUCAUGUGUGGCAACCAGCACUGCAUCGCACUCUCUAAAGGUGAGAAUGAAGCCAACAGCAACACCUCUCUCUAUCACACACUACCACUGAUACUGUAGUGAUACACGCCAAAAUUACUAGCUUAGCGGCUAAUGCUAGGUUGAAGCCAGGCUAAUGCUAGGCUAAUGGUAGGUUAAUGCCAGGCUAAUGCUAGGCUAACCCCCUCCUAUUUUCUCUCCCAGACGGUCAGCUGUUCACGUGGGGCCAGAACUCGAGCGGUCAGCUCGGUUUGGGGAAGGGCGAGCCGAGCACCUUGUCUCCCCAGCCCCUCAAGUCUCUGUCAGGGAUCCCCCUGGCUCAGAUCACCGCUGGGGGAGACCACAGCUUCGCCUUGUCCCUCUCUGGAGCCGUGUUCGGCUGGGGCAAGAACAGCGCCGGACAGCUGGGGCUAAAUGACAAACAGGGUAGGCUAACUAACAUAUACAUCGACGAGACAAGUAAUGCACCCUAAUAGACUGAUGAAGCCUGUUGGACUACAGACCCAUAGCUAUAUAGGUCCAAAUGCGCAAUCGUUUCACCAAUAUGUGAUUGAAUGAAUGAUGGCUUGUAAGCAGUUCAUAAGCAGACCUUCAUAUAAAGCAAUGUGAAGUUCUGAAGGUAACACAGAAUAUGUGUGUGUGUUAUUUUCAUUCUACAGACCGGUCUGUCCCUUGCCACAUCAAGUUCCUCAGAUCCCAAAAAGUGGUUUACAUCAGCUGUGGAGACGAGCAUACAGCUGCCCUCACCAAGGUGAGGAACACAACUGUCCUCCUGCGUAUGUCUGUCUGUUACGUCUUUAUAACCAUGUAAUAAAGCUCUCAAGUAGCCUUCAGAUGAUGGUGGGUCUGGAGAAAGCACAGUACUGGAAAAGUACCUGCUGUCUCUUAAAACCCUUAAUCCAUGAACGUGUUCAUGCCUUUGCAGAAUUCUCAUGUUUGUUUUUGGAGGGUGAGGAAUAUGCAUGUGGAAUUGUGUUGAGCUAUGACAGACUGUCCUUUAGCAUUCCUUCUCACAUCCUUUAUUGUAAUUGAAGCCUCUCUCUGUGUUUGAUUGACAGGAUGGGGGUUUGUUUACUUUUGGGGAUGACUUUCUAGUAAAACGUAAUUGUAUUGUUGUGUGUGAUUGACAGGAUGGGGGUUUGUUUACGUUUGGGGACGGCUCGCGUGGUCAACUGGGUCACGACUCCACCAACAACGAGCCUCUACCCAGACAGGUGCAGGAGCUGAUGGGCAGCGAGGUGUCCCAGAUUGCCUGUGGCAGGUACUGCACAACGUAGCCUGGUCAGCCUAGCAAAGCAUAGCAUAGCAUAGCAUAGCAAAGCAAAACAAAGCAUAGCAAAGCAUAGCCUAGCAUAGCCUAGCAUAACAGUACAAUAGAGUACAGUACAGGUUUACAUCAGUUGUGUUAUGACCACUUGCCUUCUCUGUCCUAGAUUCCUCAUACUCUCUCUUUCUAUCCUCUCCGUCUCGGUUUCAGACACCACACCCUGGCGUUUGUGCCUUCCUCCGGUCUCGUGUACGCUUUCGGUUGUAACACAAACGGUCAGCUGGGCACCGGGACACGAGGUGACAUCAAAAGCCCACUUCCUGUCAAAAGCAGCCUCACAGGAAGUCUCACCGGAAGUCCUCGUCAUAUGUCAGGUAACUGGAUGACUCAGGACAUCCAUACCUCUCAAGUCAGUUAUUGAGAAGCCAGCCACGAGAUAUGAUCCUAAACUUCACAUACUCUGUCUAUUAAACCCAUGGAGAUGUGUUAUAACUAUGUCAAAUGGUUCAUACUAAAAGUGACUAUCAUUGUUUUUAAAGAUUUUAAGACACUAGUACUGUAGUACUCGUUAGCCAUGUUGUUAUCCGGAAACUAAACGUUAUGAGCCGAACUCAAGAGAGUGGGAGGAAGAGCGUGCAGGGAAACGAAGCAAGGCAGAAUCAGGAAGCUGUUGCUUGAGGAUAAUGUGCGCCUGUUGUAGGAGCAAGUCAGAAUAGAUAACAAAACACAUACUAGGACGUUAAAAGGAACAGACACACGAGUGCAAGGACUUGUUCAGAUACAUCCACAGCUUAUUCAGUGAGUCGUAUAAUGUACUGUAUAUACACCUAUGACUGUUUAAAUACAUGAUGAAGAGACAUUGAGGGAGAAAGAUCACUAGAUUAGAAAGGAAAGUUCAUAUUAACCAUGCAUAUUCAAAGUCUAUGAAUGGGGUGAAUUCAAUGUUCAAAGAAUGAAAUAAUAUCCUCAUGUGGUAAAAUAUUUGACAUUAUUUCAGCCACACAGAUGUUUCUUGAGGGAACUGUAUUAGGUUGUGAGUGAAUUAGAGGUCUAUGAAACAUGAUUCUCAAGAGUAUUUAACACUGAUUGAUGGUCUUUGAGGAGGGUUGCUUAGCUUGUAUUGCUUUCCCUCCAUCUAGUGGACUAAAUGGACACUUGGGGAGCUUCUAAAUGUAGGUGUAGGGCAGUGCUUCCCAAACUCGGCCCUGGGGACCCCAAGUUGUUUUUUCUUCUUCUUCCUAGCACUACACAGCUGAUUUCAAAUAAUCAACUCGUCAUCAAGCUUUGGUUAUUUAAAUUAGCUGUGUAGUGCUUGGACAAAAAAACAAAACGUGCACCCCUUGGAGUUUGGGAAAUGCUGGGGUAGGGUGAAGAUGCCCCUAGACACAGAUCUUGGGUUAGUUUAGCAUUUUCUCCUCUAAUAGUUAAGGUUAAAAUUGGGGGAGGGUAAGCUGAUCCUAGAUCUGUACAUUGGGGAAACUUCACUCUGGAGCUAUUUUGUAUAAGCACAAACUGUUCCCUUAAGCCACCAUAAUGCUGUUGAGCUAGCUGAUCAACUCUACCCUCUCCUUUCCUCUUUCUAGGGCCAGAUCAUUAUGCCAUUACCAAAAUCAACUGUGGAGGGGACCAUAACUUCCUAUUGUACUCAGAUGAAAAGGUAAAGGACUUCACAGAAUCGUUUCUCAGCUUUUGGUCAUUAACUGAUGUAAUAGUACUCUAGGAAUGCUCUAGGAUCAGUUUAGCCUUUUAGAUCAUUAUGAGGAAGAUCACGUGCACAGGGAGGCCCUGAUCCUAGAUCAGCACUCCUUCUCUGACGGGCUUUAUAAAUACGGGCCCAGACAUUGAAUUGAGAGACAUUGAAUUGUCUCUUUCAGGGAUGGGAAGAAUAUGCUUUAGACCAGGGUUCUCCAACUCUGUUCCUGGAGAGAUACCCUCCUGUAGGUUUUCGAUCCAAGCCCAGUUGUAACUGACCUGGUUCAGCUUGUCAACCAGCUAAUUAUUAGAAUCAGGUGCACUAGAUUAGGUUUUUAGCAAAAACAUACAGGACGGUAACUCUCCAGGAACAGGGUUAGAGAGCUCUGCUAUAGACAUAGUAUUGAAGAAGGAUGCCAAUGUGUUUUCAUUAAGUGAGUCAGUUCUUGUUUUCUGCCACUAGGUGAAGCUGUUGCUCCAGUUAUUGACUAGCUGUAAUGUCUGUACGGUCUCUAGAUUUAGAUUUUAGUCAUUUAGCAGACGCUCUUAUCCAGAGCGACUUACAGUUAGUGAGUGCAUACAUUUAUCAUAUUGGCCCCCCGUGGGAAGCGAACCCACAACCCUGGCGUUGCAAGCACCAUGCUCUACCAACUGAGCUACAGGAGGCCUAAACGAUCCUCUACUCUGGACAGAUCGAUCUAAGACCAAGGCUGUGUCCCAAUUAUUUGUUAUUCCUCCCAAAAUGUGCACUUGUUCACUUCCCUUCACUGAUUUGAAAGAAAAAGACUGGUAUAAUAAAAAUGGCGGAAACUCCCUCUAGCCGAUGCCUCCACCAAUCCAAUGCUUUUAUAUUUGUGGGAGGUAGUGAAUGAGUGAACACUUCAGGAGAAAGGAGAUAUUAUUGGGACGCACCCCAAGUAGGCUAAAACUGUCUACAACGGAUAUCCUCCUGUUGAUUGCCAGGAAUGUAACUUGAUAACACCAACACACAGAUAGAUACUAUCCCUACAAUGUACUUCGACCUCUCAGAGUAUUUAUUUUAUCUGCAAGUAGGAAAGGGAAUGAACCCAAACACACGUCUCUGGACAGCCUUGUAAUGUCUACAGUGGAAGCGCUAUCGAGAAUAACGUUGCUAAAUGUAGCCAGCUAGCUGUUGUGCUACGUUACCUUGACUCCCUCCUGACCCCGUUCUCUUCUCUCUACAGAGUUCCACCGUUCCUGAAGACUUCAGAGUCACUAACAUCAGUAAAAGCAUCUCUUUGAUAAAUUAUGACAGUUUGAAUACGUGGAGGAUGAAACUCCUAGACAACACAGAUUCCACUAUCACCAAGUAAGUCAGUGAUAUGAGUUAUUUGGGGAUUUGAUUAGAUUUGUCUUGAAAAUAUGUUUUUGUGAACGAUUGUGUACCGUUUCCUAUGCAGAGAAUGACAUUGCUAUUAGCAGACGACGAUGAUCCUGUGGUGACCCUUUUUGGCUACAGCAGCUGUAAGCUCUAUGCCACUCUGAAGACUGGUAUAAGUUUGAUCUUGUUUCAAUUGAUUGAUAUAAUUUCCUGCAUGUACGUCUUGGUCUCCCUCUGCUUUUAGUGACAUCAUUAUCCUGCUGUCUUCCACCGCCUGUUGGAACGCCAGCUUCCUGGAUGAGAGGUGAGCAUUGAUUGGACUACUCGUCUACUCGGUUGCAUCUCAAUUUGGCGUAGUGGCUUCCUUUCCUUGUGUCCUCUCCCCCAUACUGAUCUCGCAUGGCUUAAUAGGUGAUAUUAAAGGUGUUGAAAGCCUAUCCAGUUCUUUCACCAGGAAAGGAAGCCAUGAGUAUUGAGUCACACCCUGUAUCUCUCUUAUGUCUUGUGGGAAAAGGCUGAGCGUUCACAGAGGACAAAAUCAUGUCCUUGCUAUCCUUGUCCGACCGACACUCAUUCCCAUCAUGUGCCUACAAUAAAAAACUGCUGACCUUAGGGGAAGUCUCCAGUGAAAUACUCCUAUCUAUACACACUGUACGGACACACUGAGAUUCCAUUAGAGAUCCUUGCGGAGAUAAAGCUCAGAUGGCGUGUAUGAGUGAGGGGUGGCCAUUUUGUGCUGAUUCACCGCCAGAUGCCUAUCACUUCAUGGGAAUGACCCUAGUUCAGAGCCCAUCAGCGUAAUGGUGUCCUCUACACUAGAGAAGACCAAUAAGCACCUUAUGUCCUGCCCUCUCUGCUAAAACAGCCUGGCCUAAAACCUACUGGAUUUAACGGUUAUAUAAAACACUGGCAGGUGAAGCCAUUAACUCAAACUAAGAGGCAAAAAGCCAAUACAGUAGCAUUAUUAUAUAUAUAUAUAUAUAUAUAUAUAUAUAUAUAUAUAUAUAUAUAUAUAUAUAUAUAUAUAUAUAUAUAUACACACACACACACACACAGUGGGGCAAAAAAGUAUUUAGUCAGCCACCAAUUGUGCAAGUUCUCCCACUUAAAAAGAUGAGAGAGGCCUGUCAUUUUCAUCAUAGGUACACGUCAACUAUGACAGACAAAAUGAGGAAAAAAAAUCCAGAAAAUCACAUUGUAGGAUUUUUUAUGAAUUUAUUUGCAAAUUAUGGUGGAAAAUAAGUAUUUGGUCAAUAACAAAAAUUUCUCAAUACUUUGUUAUAUACCCUUUGAUGGCAAUGACACAGGUCAAACGUUUUCUGUAAGUCUUCACAAGGUUUUCACACACUGUUGCUGGUAUUUUGGGCCAUUCCUCCAUGCAGAUCUCCUCUAGAGCAAUGAUGUUUUGGGGCUGUCGCUGGGCAACACGGACUUUCAACUCCCUCCAAAGAUGUUCUAUGGGGUUGAGAUCUGGAGACUGGCUAGGCCACUCCAGGACCUUGAAAUGCUUCUUACGAAGCCACUCCUUUGUUGCCCGGGCGGUGUGUUUGGGAUCAUUGUCAUGCUGAAAGACCCAGCCACGUUUCAUCUUCAAUGCCCUUGCUGAUGGAAUGAGGUUUUCACUCAAAUUCUCACGAUACAUGGCCCCAUUCUUUCUUUCCUUUACACGGAUCAGUCGUCCUGGUCCCCUUGCAGAAAAACAGCCCCAAAGCAUGAUGUUUCCACCCCCAUGCUUCACAGUAGGUAUGGUGUUCUUUGGAUGCAACUCAGCAUUCUUUGUCCUCCAAACACGACGAGUUGAGUUUUUACCAAAAAGUUCUAUUUUGGUUUCAUCUGACUAUAUGACAUUCUCCCAAUCCUCUUCUGGAUCAUCCAAAUGCACUCUAGCAAACUUCAGACGGGCCUGGACAUGUACUGGCUUAAGCAGGGGGACACGUCUCGCACUGCAGGAUUUGAGUCCCUGGCGGCGUAGUGUGUUACUGAUGGUAGGCUUUGUUACUUUGGUCCCAGCUCUCUGCAGGUCAUUCACUAGGUCCACCCGUGUGGUUCUGGGAUUUUUGCUCACCGUUCUUGUGAUCAUUUUGACCCCACGGGGUGAGAUCUUGCGUGGAGCCCCAGAUCGAGGGAGAUUAUCAGUGGUCUUGUAUGUCUUCCAUUUCCUAAUAAUUGCUCCCAGAGUUGAUUUCUUCAAACCAAGCUGCUUACCUAUUGCAGAUUCAGACUUCCCAGCCUGGUGCAGGUCUACAAUUUUGUUUCUGGUGUCCUUUGACAGCUCUUUGGUCUUGGUCAUAGUGGAGUUUGGAGUGUGACUGUUUGAGGUUGUGGACAGGUGUCUUUUAUACUGAUAACAAGUUCAAACAGGUGCCAUUAAUACAGGUAACGAGUGGAGGACAGAGGAGCCUCUUAAAGAAGAAGUUACAGGUCUGUGAGAGCCAGAAAUCUUGCUUGUUUGUAGGUGACCAAAUACUUAUUUUCCACCAUAAUUUGCAAAUAAAUUCAUUAAAAAUCCUACAAUGUGAUUUUCUGGAUUUUUUUUCCUCAAUUUGUCUGUCAUUGUUGACGUGUACCUAUGAUGAAAAUUACAGGCCUCUCUCAUCUUUUUAAGUGGGAGAACUUGCACAAUUGGUGGCUGACUAAAUACUUUUUUGCCCCACUGUAUAUAUAUAUAUAUAUAUGCGCUCUGUGUUGGUGUAUGUUCCCAAUCUCACAUCUGUUAUUGUUUGUGGUGGCAUGGAGGUGGAGGUCACCCAUUGGUGAUGGCAUCAUGUGGACCGCCCAAGAACGGGUGCACAGUGUUCCUAAAACUAAUUGGCUACAUUUGGGCCCAUAGAGUAUGAAACGCACACACACAGCGUGCCACCAAGCUUCCUGAUUCCGGUGGGUACAGAAGCACUGUUCCCUAGCUAGCAUAACGCCUCUCUACUUGUUAGCGCUUAUCGUUCCCGGUCGGCAUCUCUGUUUACCAAACAGUCACACGGCGCCAAAUCUGGUUUAUUAUGGCUGAAUUAUAAGCCUUUCUAUCAAUAUCUGGAGGUUGUCCUGUAAAUAGUCACUGUCCUUCAUGCCUUUUUGAACGUUCUGGGCUUUGUGGUGUUUCUCUCCCACACACACACACACACACACACACACACACACACACACCAACCCCGGCAGAGGUCACAGGAUAAAGCAGUGAAUCUGGUUUGGAAUGGGCUGAAAUACCUGGAUGCUCUGACUAGACUUAAUAUAUGAUCCCUGUUCAUCUCUAGGGUUGUGUGUGUUUUGGCUUUGGAGAGUGUGUGUUUUCUGUUUUAGGUUUUAGAGGUACUAUACCCUGCAGUGAGCUCACACAACAGUUGAACUGCCACGUGCCCGGUUAGAAUAGAAACUAGAAACUCUAUCUAACCCAUAGGAACAUGUUGUGUGUUCUAUUCAUCAAUGGUUCUACACAAAUACAUGGAUUUAGUCCAGCCAUUUAUUUAUAUCUCUGCUGAUGAGUUUUAAAGGGAUGGUCUUGUAUAUUGAGCGGAACUUCCCUUUAAAGCACCACAGUUAAAACCGAUGAAAAGUCUGGGUAGUUUAUCAUAUGGGUAUUUCUGUUUGGUCAUUUUUGGGGGGGUUUGGUCUUAAAGGCUCUUUUGUUCUUUGUUUGUUCCCCCAGUGAUGACAGCCAUUUUAAGACCAACCCUAAAGUCCCUGGUAUCGAUCUCAACUCGGUCCGCCUGCUGUUUGAGACACUCAGUAAACCGCCCUUCGCCAGACUCCUGGAGCAGGUAACGUCUCGACUCUCGUGUACCAUGUCUUAUCGCAAUACCUGAAAGCAGUACCCUCCCUGUGCUCAAAAACCUGGGUGUGCAUAGUUAAAGUGGCCUCCUCUUUCCAUCAUCUGCACUGUUAUGAAAACACAGGAUAAGUGAAAGCAAAAUGAACAAUGCCCACUGGGUUUUAGGUCUCUAGUUCUUUAUGGACGAUGCCCACUGGGUUUCAGGUCUCUAGUUCUUUAUGGACGAUGCCCACUGGGUCUCAGGUCUCUAGUUCUUUAUGGACGAUGCCCACUGGGUCUCAGGUCUCUAGUUCUUUAUGGACGAUGCCCACUGGGUUUCAGGUCUCUAGUUCUUUAUGGACGAUGCCCACUGGGUCUCAGGUCUCUAGUUCUUUAUGGACGAUGCCCACUGGGUCUCAGGUCUCUAGUUAUUUAUGGACGAUGCCCACUGGGUCUCAGGUCUCUAGUUCUUUAUGGACGAUGCCCACUGGGUCUCAGGUCUCUAGUUCUUUAUGGACGAUGCCCACUGGGUCUCAGGUCUCUAGUUCUUUAUGGACGAUGCCCACUGGGUUUCAGGUCUUUAGUUUUUUCACAAAGGAGCAGGUAAAGGAAAGGAGAUGAGAAGACACUUUAGAUACUGAAGGUGCACUAUGCGGAAAUCGCUCCGCCAUUUCCUGGUUGCUAAAAUUCUAAUUGUUCGCCUGAUUUCAGUUUAUGUGACAAAACAAGUAUAAUAUAGGUCAUCAUUGUACCAUCUAAACCGCUGUGAAAUAUAUUUUCUGCUUUUUGAAGCAGGUUUACCAAACCGAAAGUAAAAGACGCAAAAACUAAACUUAAGAACGGGAAGCAUAGAAAUAGUGCACAUAGCUCUACCACUUCUUAGACUUGCUUUCAGUGAUAAUGACAGGUCUAUAACUCACAUUUCUAUGUGAAUUUGGUUGGGUCGCCCAAAAAGUUACAUAUUACAGCUUUAAAAAUGGAAUCCGCAGUAGGGGAAAAUGGCGCCACUGGCCGCCCCACCACCGUUGUUUUUGUUGCCGAGCUGAGGAGCGUCGUGCAGCAUGGUAAAAAAAGCAGUACAUAUUGUGCUCUUCUAUCGCUUGUGCAGUGAUGUCCAAUGGGGAAAAAACUGUGUUUGUUGUUUGCAGUAACUUUGUUGUAAUAUUGCAAACGGACGUGGCUGUUUCAUCAUUAAAUAUUCUAGCUUGAAUUGAGUUUUGACUGUUAAGCUACUCUGUUCUAUCUAUUUACUCUGUUCUAACCGUAUUAUGGCUGAGGCCCGUAGAUUUGAACUGAGAUAAUAAUGGCAUUUACAAAUCCCCUUUACAGGGUCGUUGUCAUUGUCAUGGCAACCCUAUCAUACAGAGACGUGGGUUAUGUUUUGACUCCAAGGACACAAAGCCAUGUCUGUCUGGUUCUGGAACACCCUUUGACCCAUACACUCUUAAAAAACAGGGUUCAAAAAAGGGUUAUUCGGCUGUCCUAUAGGAGAACCCUUUUUGGAUCCAGGUAGAACCCUUUUUGGUUCCAUGUAGAACCAUCUGUAGAAAGGGUUCUACAUGGAACCCGAAUAGGUUCUACCUGGAACCAAAAAGGGUUCUUCAAAGGGUUAUCCUAUGGGGACAGCCGAAGAACCCUUUAAGGUUUUAGAUGGCACCUUUUUUUCUAAGAGUGUGCUGUACUGUCUGUUAGACCUAGCCAGCAGCACUUUGGACUGAGCUAAGUAGUAGAGUAAAAUAGGGGUGUUUUGGGUACAUCGCCCCCUACAUUUUGUAUUGAUGGCUGGAGAGUAUCAUAGGCCACGGCAUUGAAUUCCCAUGCCACAUAUGAACUAUGUCCCCUGUUGACUUCUGAAAUGGUACAGCACACAGUACACAUCAUCUUAGUAAGAUCAACACAUACUCUGCUGGGUUUGGAUGGUUUCAAGCAGAAUGCCUACUGGACUGAGUCAUGAGGUUCAGAGCUAGCUAGCCCGCUAAUAAUAUGUUAGGGAUUUUGGGGCGUCUCAACCUAACUUGAUUUAUUGCGUUCUAUAAAGACCAGGCAGCAUUAGCAACCAGCCAACCACAGGAGGCCUCUCCCAAAACAUUUUCCUGUGAUGUUUUUGUCCUGUGCGCAAGUCCAGCUAAUCAUUUAGAUUUUGCAAAAAGCUAUUCUUGUUCCGACUAACAUUUUUUUUUUAUACUGUAGCGUUUUUGUACACUAGUGCAGUUGAAAAUAUAUUUCUUAAUCAAUAUAAAGUAUCUCCCAAUACUUUGCCAUCGGUCAGUUAUAGUUUAAAUGAAAAAACUUCAGGUACCCUACUUAACUCAUAUCAUAAUAUACUAAUUUUGUUGCAUCUCCAUUAGCAAAUGAAAAUAACAAGCAUUGUGAUGUACAGUUAACCGGUUGUACGGACAGCUGUUAGGUGAUAUUUUGAUGGAUGAUUUUUAAAGUGAUGUAUCCAUCUCUCCCUCCAUCCAUAUGUCUCUGUCCUGCCAGGCCACUAAGAGUUUUGAGAGCCUGCUGAUCCCCCAGCUGCCCUGCUCCCCCCCUGACGUUGAGGCCAUGAGGAUCUACCUGAUCCUGUCGGAGUGUCCCGCCCUGCACGACUCCAAGAACUACAUCACCCUCACCAUCCCCCUAGCCAUGGCCAUACUCCGCCUGGAUGCCAACCCCAGCAAAGUGCUCGGUAGGGGGGGAACAUAGUUGCAUUGCAUGCACAAUCACAUGUUAAUGUACUAUGUACAUUGCAUACACACAGACACGCAUGCAUUCGCACGCACACACAUCAACGGGGCUGUAGUGGAGCAGGUAGAGAGCUUCAAGUACCUUGGUGUCCACAUCACUAAGGAUCUAUCAUGGUCCACACACACCAACACAGUCGUGAAGAGGGCACGACAACACCUCUUCCCCAUCAGGAGGCUGAAAGAUUUGGCAUGGGCGCUCAGAUGCUCAAAAAGUUCUACAGCUGCACCAUUGAGAGCAUCUUGACUGGUUGCAUCACCGCCUGGUAUGGCAACUGCUUGGCAUCCGGCCGCAAGGCGCUACAGAGGGUAGUGCGUACAGCCCUGUACAUCACUGGGGCCGAGCUCCCUGCCAUCCAGGACCUCUAUACCAGGCGGUGUCAGAGGAAGGCCGUAAAAGUGGUAAACGACUCCAGCCACCCAAGUCAUAGACUGUUCUCUCUGCUACCGCACGGCAAGCGGUACCGAUGCACCAAGUCUGGAACCAACAGGAAACUGAACAGCUUCUAUCCCCAAGCCAUAAGACUGCUAAAUAGUUAACAAAAUAGCUACCCGGAAUAUCUGCAUUGACCCUCCUUUGCACAAACUCUUUUGACUCAUCACAUACGCUGCUGCUACUGUUUAUUAUCUAUCCUGUGGCCUAGUUACUUUAUCCCUACCUAUAUUUACAUUUUACAUUUUAGUCAUUUAGCAGACGCUCUUAUCCAGAGCAACUUACAGUUAGUGAGUGCAUACAUUUUUCAUACUGGCCCCCCGUGGGAAACGAACCCACAACCCUGGCGUUGCAAACGCUCUACCGACUGAGCUACACAGGGCUAUAUGUACAUAUCAAUUACCUCGUACCCCUGCACAUGGACUCGGUACUGGUACUCUGUGUAUAUAGCCAAGUAGUUUUUUCCCCCACAGUACUGUAAGUACCUAGCCUUGGAGCAGCCGUUCAGUUUUGGCCAGCUGGACAUGCCAAAGCUGAGGAGACUCAUGUACAAAGAGUUGUGUCAUUGCAAGCUCUCACUGUGAGCUUGAAUGAAACAACUAUCACAGAACGAAAGAAGACGAAGACUAUUCACCCUUCCCUUCCCCCAACUCUCUAGGCAGAUAUUUUUUUUAACAAGAUGGACAUUGUUGCAUUUUUUUCUUUCUCACACCCACUCACUCUUUAUAUCUGUUUAUUUUCCCUUUUGAUUUAAGUAAACAGUACUGUACUCUCCUAUGAGAUCCUAUGAGGACACUAAAUUGUACUCCUGAGUGGCGCAGUGGUCUAAGGCACUGCAUCGCAGUGCAAACUGUGCCACUAGAGAUCCUGGUUCGAACCGGGAGACUCAUGGGCGGCGCACAAUUGGCCCAGCGUCGUCCAGGGUAGGGGAGGGAAUGGCCGGCAGGGAUGUAGCUCAGUUGAUAGAGCAUGGCGUUUGCAACGCCAGGGUUGUGGGUUCGAUUCCCACGGGGGGCCAGUAUAAAAAAAAUAUGUAUUCACUAACUGUAAGUCGCUCUGGAUAAGAGCGUCUGCUAAAUGACUAAAAUGUAAAUGUAAAUGUAAGUUAUCGUUACUCAUUGUGUAUUUAUUCCUCGUGUUAUUAUUUUAAUAUUAUUUUUCUCUCUGCAUUGUUGGGAAGGGCCCGUAAGUAAGCAUUUCACUGUUAGUCCACACCUGUUGUUUACGAAGCAUGUGACAAAUAACAUUUGAUUUGAUUUGACACGAACAUAUGCAGGCACAUGGGCGCACAGACAAAUACCCUCAUGCACACAAAUGUGCUGAACAAAGUGUUUGGUGCUGUUUACCCUGUACACCUCAGUCUACCACAAAUACUCUUUCUCCGUACUGCACAGUCAAUCCCAGGAAAACAUAAUGGUAUACACUUCAUGUGUAGAGUGCAUCACAUGGCACUUCUGCCAUACUUUUAACUAUGCAAUGUCACUGCAGGUUGCCUUUAAAAGCUGCUGGAAUGUGAUGUGUUGUCUUGUUUUCUGUAUCCCUGUAGAUAACUAAUGUUGUGUUAUAUUCUGUAUCCCUGUAGAUAACUAAUGUUGUGUUAUAUUCUGUAUCCCUGUAGAUAACUAAUGUUGUGUUAUAUUCUGUAUCCCCGUAGAUAACUGGUGGUGCCUGGUGGACGGCAGUGUGUUCUCCAGGCUGGUGGACAUGUAUAAGAGCAUCGUGGUGUUCCUGUUAACCGGAGGAAAGGCCCUGCUCGUCCCUGUCUUCCUAGAAAGCUACACCAGUGCCACGCUAAAGCUUCUAGAGAAACUUCAUAAGGUAACGUUUCCUGCUAAUGCUCAUGGGGAAACUUCAUUAGGUAAAGCUUUACAUGAAAGUUUCUCUAGAUACUUCACAAGUUAAAGUUUUAUACUAAAGCUUGUGGAGAAACUAUGAUUUGCGAAUGGGAUACUUUUUAAAGAGGCUAUGAACACAUAAAGUGGUCCUUUUUAAAGCAUGUCGGUGAUGCAAAAAACAAAGUUCCCCCAUUUACAGAAUUGUGGGAAAAUAUCAAGAAUAUGUAGCAUGCGCAGCGGUCUAAGGCACUGAUCAGUGCUAGAGGUGUCACUACAGAUCCAGGUUCGAUCUCGGGCUGUGUUGCAGCUGGCCGCGACCGGAGACCCAUGAGGCGGCGCACAAUUGGCCCAGUGUCGUCCGGGUUAGGGGAGGGUUUGGCCGGCUGGGAUGUCCUUGUCCCAUUGCGCUCUAGCGACUCCUUGUGGCGGCCGGGCACAUCUGUACGGUGUUUCCUCCGACACAUUGGUGCGGCUGGCUUCCGGGUUAAGUAAGCAGUGUGUCAAGAAGCAGUGCGUCUUGGUGGGGUCGUGUUUCAGAGGACGCAUGGCUCUCGACCUUCGCCUCUCCCGAGUCCGCAUGGGAGUUGCAGCGAUGGGACAAGACUGUAACUACCAAUUGGAUAUCACGAAAUUGGGGAGAAAAAGGGGUAAAAAGCACCACACUAAAAAAAAUUACAUAAAAGAAUAUGCAGCAUAUUCUUUAUAUUAAAUGUUUUUUGAAGAGAGAAUCAAACCGCAAGAGACUUCCUGGUAAACGAUCACAAUGAUGGGUGUGUGUGUUCUGAGAAGGGUUGUUGUGCUGCUGUGUGUAUCCAGGUUAACCUGAAGGCCGGGCAUGUGGAGUACAACCGCUUCUAUAUCCCUGACAUCACCACCCUGGUGGACAUUCAGGAAGACUACCUCAAGUGGUUUCUGAGUAAAGCAGAGCUUGUGAGUACUGGAGCUCUCUCCGUCUCUCUCUCUCUCUCUUUUCUUGUGAAGAUGUCGUCCUGUGGAAUUUGGUGUGUGUGUGUGUCCAGUGAUCUAAUUCUCAUCCUAAUCCAAUGGGAUGCUACUCUCACAGACGAGCCCCCUAGCCCCUACCCCUCAUUUCCUUUCCUAUGGGUGAAAUACAUCUUCCCCCUCACUCCCUCUUUCUCCCUGCAUAGUAUAAUCUGUCAAACUGUGUAGGCCCUUUCUAGGAAGAGCACAGAGACUAGUGAUUUGUGUUGUCCCCACCCCCAUAUUUUCACCAUUGUGCUUUGUAGCUCUGGCCAAUGUCUCAGUAAACUGGUAUAGCUAGACUGCCAUGCCCCUGCCACCAGCUGUCAAUCUGAAAACACUGUUAUGAUCCUCUAGAACAAGGGUAUUCAACUCUUACCCUAUGAGGUCCGGAGCCUGCUGGUUUUCUGUUCUACCUGAUAAUUAAUUGUACCCAUCUGGUGUCCCAGGUCUAAAUCAGUCCCUGAUUAGAGGGGAAGAAUGAAAAAACGCAGUGGAACUGGCUUCGAGGUCCAGAGUUCAGUUUCAGGGCUCUAGAAUAUCAUUUAUGGGUAAAUUGGACAAAACAACUGAGUUGAUGAUACUUUUUCCUCCUUUUGUUUUUCAGAAAAUGAGAACACCAGCAGUACAGGUAUACAGGCUGUUUCUAAUCAAAUAAGUUGAAAUGCCUCGUUAUCUAAAUGCUAAGAAAGACAUCUCUUCAAACGAGAAUGUUUCUCUGUUCUUCCAUUCAGAACUCAGUGACUUUAUGUGCCUACCCGUUUAUACUGAACGCCCAAGCCAAGACCACCAUGCUGCAAACUGACGCUGAGCUACAGAUGCAGGUAACAGCCAGGAUUGGAAAAUAUAUAUUUACAUUUGUCAUUUUAGCAGACGCUCUUGUCCAGAGCGACUUACAGUAGUGAGUGCAUACAUUUUCAUUUGUACUGGUCCCCCGUGGGAUUUGAUCCCACAAACCUGGCAUUGCAAGUGCCAUGUCCUACCAACUGAGCCACACAGGACCAUUAUAUAAAAGUUGCCCGCUGUUAACUCAAGUUUGGAACUGAUUUAUGUUGACAUUAGCCUUGGUAAAAUAACUUGUUUUUAUAGACAAUGUAAGAAUUAACCAUGUCCCUUUAAAAACAAAUAUGAAUAAUUUCAAUCUCUCCUACACUGGAGGGUGGGGUGGGACAUAUGUUUUUAUUUAUUUUGUAUCGAUAUCCCCUGUCUGUGACCUUUUCCAAGAUGGCGGUGAGCGGGGCCAACCUGCAUAACGUUUUCAUGCUGCUGACGCUGGAACCCCUCCUGGCGCGGAACCCCUUCCUGGUGCUCCACGUACGCAGGGACCAUUUAGUGAGUGACGCGCUGAGGGAGCUCACCAUCUACUCCGACGUCGACCUCAAGAAGCCCCUCAAGGUCAGAGUUCAGCACCUCUCAGGGUCACAAAGGUCAUGUAGUGUGUGGUAAAUAUACCUAGAGAUCUUCUUUUUAAUGAGAGAUCUUUGUAAUCAAAGAGAAAUAAGAUGACACAACCAAUCAUCAACAGUUUGUCAGUGGCUGCACAUAUCACUUGAGGAUGAGAAAGUGAUUGAUAGAGUAUUUGCGCUCAGUUUGUGCCACAUUUAUAUUUUCCCCCCUUUUUUUCGGGGGGGGAAUAGAUCAGCUUUAAUAUUGCUGAUAGAUUUUGGGUUCUAUCAAUUAAAUUGAUAGUGCCACUUUAAUUACAGGAACUAAGGCCCCUCUCCCCUCUCCCCUCUAGGUGAUCUUUGAUGGGGAGGAGGCGGUCGAUGCAGGGGGGGUAACCAAGGAGUUCUUCCUACUGCUGCUGAAGGAGCUGAUGGACCCUGUGUAUGGCAUGUUCACCCAGUACACCCAGUCCAACCUGCUCUGGUUCUCUGAUAAAGUGAGUCAUGUACCACUCAGUGGAGGCUGCUGAGGGGACGACGGCUCAUAAAUGGCUGGAAUGGAGUAAAUGGAAUGGCAUCAAACACAUGGAAACCAUGUUUAAUGUAUUUGAUACCAUUCCACCAAUUCCGCUCCAGCCAUUACCACGAGCCCGUCCUCCCCAACUCCGCGGUUGGGUCUUGCUUAAGAACAGCCCUUAGCCGUGGUAUAUUGGCCAUAUACCACACCCCCUCGGGCCUUAUUGCUUAAAUAUAGUGCUGAUGUUACUCAUAAUACUGUAUCCAAAAAAAUCACUUUACUUAAAGGGAUGUAGUAGUAAAUAUUUCUUGCAGGUGCGUUGGAGUGUAGUACAUGAUUCAAGAGAAGUGUAUCAAAUGCCAACACUGAUUCACUGACCUUGGCAACGGUUGCUAGAGGAAUAAAAUAAAAAAGGGAAGUGGUGCAAGCAAAUGUUUUUAAGUUUUUUUUUAUGUCUCCAGGUAAAUCAUAAAGAAUACAGUCUCUUUUACAGUAACGACCUGACCAAGAUGGAGCAACAAAACACAUCUAACCGUUAAUGGGACACUGUGACAUGUUAGAAUUUGUUAUUUGUAGAAAACCACUGUUACAGUCUGGUUGCAUUCUAAUUGGCACCCUAUUCCCUAUAUAGUGCUCUAUGCCAUUUGGGACGCUGACCCUAUCUAUUGUAUGAAGCAACACCAAGGUCAUAUUAGUUGUCAAGUCCCUUCUACUCAUGUUCUGGAAGCCAGCCAACCGCCUCAACAUGUCAGAAGGGUCAAUUUCAUUAUCUUCUAAAUCUAAACAACAUUAUGCAUUUUCAAAGCCGAACAAGGUCACAAACAAUGUUUCAAAAUAUUUCCAAAUGCUCUGAAUAGACACGGUUGGUCUUAGUUACCCAAGACCAAAGAGCUGACAAAGGACACCAAAAACAAAAUUGUAGACCUGCACCAGGCUGGGAAGACUGAAUCUGCAAUAGGUAAGCAGCUUGGUUUGAAGAAAUCAACUGUGGGAGCAAUUAUUAGGAAAUGGAAGACAUACAAGACCACUGAUAAUCUCCCUCGAUCUGGGGCUCCACGCAAGAUCUCACCCCGUGGGGUCAAAAUGAUCACAAGAACGGUGAGCAAAAAUCCCAGAACCACACGGGGGGACCUAGUGAAUGACCUGCAGAGAGCUGGGACCAAAGUAACAAAGCCUACCAUCAGUAACACACUACGCCGCCAGGGACUCAAAUCCUGCAGUGCGAGACGUGUCCCCCUGCUUAAGCCAGUACAUGUCCAGGCCCGUCUGAAGUGCAUUUGGAUGAUCCAGAAGAGGAUUGGGAGAAUGUCAUAUGGUCAGAUGAAACCAAAAUAUAACUUUUUGGUAAAAACUCAACUCGUCGUGUUUGGAGGACAAAGAAUGCUGAGUUGCAUCCAAAGAACACCAUACCUACUGUGAAGUAUGGGGGUGGAAACAUCAUGCUUUGGGGCUGUUUUUCUGCAAAGGGACCAGGACGACUGAUCCGUGUAAAGGAACGAAUGAAUGGGGCCAUGUAUCGUGAGAUUUUGAGUGAAAACCUCCUUCCAUCAGCAAGGGCAUUGAAGAUGAAACAUGGCUGGGUCUUUCAGCAUGACAAUGAUCCCAAACACACCGCCCGGGCAAUGAAGGAGUGGCUUCGUAAGAAGCAUUUCAAGGUCCUGGAGUGGCCUAGCCAGUCUCCUGAUCUCAACCCCAUAGAAAAUCUUUGGAGGGAGUUGAAAGUCUGUGUUGCCCAGCGACAGCCCCAAAACAUCACUGCUCCAGAGGAGAUCUGCAUGGAGGAAUGGGCCAAAAUACCAGCAACAGUGUGUGAAAACCUUGUGAAGACUUACAGAAAACGUUUGACCUGUGUCAUUGCCAACAAAGGGUAUAUAACAAAGUAUUGAGAAACUUUUGUUAUUGACCAAAUACUUAUUUUCCACCAUAAUUUGCAAAUACAUUCAUUAAAAAUCCUACAAUGUGAUUUUCUGGAAUUUCUUUUCUCAUUUUGUCUGUCAUAGUUGACGUGUACCUAUGAUGAAAAUUACAGGCCUCUCUCAUCUUUUUAAGUGGGAGAACUUGCACAAUUGGUGGCUGACUAAAUACUUUUUUCCCCCACUGUACCUGAGUGUUUAGCUGUUUACCUGCGUCUCGUAACGGCUUUUUGUCUGUAUUUCAAUGACCUUUGUUAACCCCGACCCAGGCUUGGCUGUGUGGCCUGGCCAUUGUGCUGUAAAUUGAAUACAUUCUAUUGUGUGAAGGGACAUGCCACUAGGCCAGAAAGGUCAUAUUUGUUGUGGAGUAGUGUUUUGUUGAGGGGAGAAAUAAUUGUUAUUGUAUUGAAUAUUAACCGCUUAUGUAACGAGAGCCAUCCUAUCGGAGCGAGUUGGCGUAGAUCAGCGUUUUCUAGGAAAAGGGACACCCAUGAGUGAUUACUGGAAGCGAAGCGAAAUCGGGAACGUUCUCUCACGUAUACAAAAUAGCAACCUGGGUCGUGGGAAAAUUAAUGAACGUCUAUGAACCCUUUGACACUCGCAAUUGACAGAGAGUAGUGAUUGAAGGAGGAACUCAAACCGGACUGUAACAACAAAAUGAAAUGGAAUAGGCUUAGAAUAGGUUUGUAGGGUUCUUCAACCAUAUUUUGUUGGAAAGGCAUAGUAGGUAAUUGCUUAUAUGUAGCUUGUAGUUUAGUCAGAAACACAAAUGUGUAAUGAUUCAACAACAGUUCUGAGUAGCCCAGUAAUACAUUGCUGCCAUCUCCAAGUUGGUGCAUGUUAAUCAACUCAGUCGUUGAAUAAAAACAAAUGUAAAUGUUGGUUUGGAUUUAAAAGCAGUCCUUUGGUGUUAUGCCAGCCUACAUUUCCAUCAAAAACAAGGUGUACAUUUAAUAGUUGAUAGUCCUUUUGGUUUUUCCUCAUAACUGUUCAUCAGUAUUAAAACACUUUCAGUAGGCUUCUAUCAUGUUACUUUCACCUCUCCUGGAUUUUCAGAUCAGCGAGGAACGAGCAACAAGAAGAGGACGCCACUUAAGACUAUUUCUAUGCACCCAACAAAGCAUUGCCUCUACAUAACUUUCUUGUUAUGUCUCUUUCUGUUUGUGCCCAGUGUUUUGUGGAGCACAACUGGUUCAACCUGAUAGGGAUCAUCUGUGGGCUGGCCAUCUAUAACAGCACGGUGGUGGACCUCCACUUCCCCCUGGUCCUCUACAAGAAGCUACUGGGCGUAGCACCCACUCUGGAGGACCUCAAGGAGCUGUCGCCCACAGAGGGCAGGUAAUGUGAAUUCAUAGCCCGGCCACGAGGCCUCUCGGCUGGGAUGGACCCGCAUGCUAACUCCCCCUAGCUACAUCAUGCUAAUGGCUCUUGUUAAAAGUUCUACAUGGAAAGUGAGUGUUCUUCAUUCAUUGAAAUGACUUAGUGUUGAACACAAUCUUUUCACUGCCAUUAGGUAUAUUGAUUGUCCAUGCUGUUUGUAUAAAUGUGUUUUCCUCUUGGGUGCGGAGAGAUUUAAUUCUGGUUUUAUUUAUACUUUAAGGACCCGAGAGAAAUUCCCCCUUCCAUCCUUAUUUGAAAUCAAUGUAUUGUGUAAACUCAACAGUUCUUCAGAAGGCAAUAAUUGAGUGUUGGGCGGUAUCCAGAUUUUCAUACAGUUUCUGUACCAUACUGGGGUAUACGGUAUUACCAGCAGUGCACACUAUUUCUUUCCAAACGCACAAAACAAAUUUAGGCAGCAGGGAUCUUGAUCCAGGAGGAGACUGUUUGUCUCUGCUGUAAUCGCUGUGUUAGCGAUUACAGCUAUGAGUCUUUCUGGGUAAGUCUAAGAGCUUUGCACACCUGGAUUGUACAACAUUUGCACAUCAUUCUUUUAAAAAUUCUUCAAGCUCUGACAAGUUGGUUGUUGAUCAUUGCUAGACAGCCAUUUAAGUCUUGCCAAAGAUUUUAAAGCCGAUUUAAGACAAAACUGUAACUAGGUCACUCAAGAACAUUCAAUGCUGUCUUGGUAAAUAACUCCAGUGUAUAUUUGGCCUUGUGUUUUAGGUUAUUGUCUGUUGGAAAGCAGACUGAACCAGGUUUUCCUCUAGGAUUUUGCCUGUGCUUAGCUCUAUUCCGCUUCUUUUUAUCCUAAAAAAAACUCCCUAGUCCUUGCCGAUGACAAGCAUACCCAUAACAUGGUGCAACCACCACCGUGCUUGAAAAUAUGAAGUGGUACUCAGUGGUGUGUUGGAUUUGCCCCAAACAUAACGCUUUGUAUUCAGGACAUGAAGUGAAUUUCUUUGCCACAUUUUUUGCAGUUUUACUUUAGUGCCUUAUUGCAAACAGGAUGCAUGUUUUGUAAUAUGUGUAUUCUUUACAGGCUUCCUUCUUUUCACGCUGUCAUUUAGGUUAGUAUUGUGGAGUAACUACAAUGUUGUUGAUCCAUCCUCAGUUUUCUCCUAUCACAGCCAUUAAACUCUAACUGUUUUAAAGUCACCAUUGGCCUCAUGGUGAAAUCCAUGAGCGGUUUCCUUCCUCUCCGGCAACUGAGUUAGGAAGGACGCCUGUAUCUUUGUAGUGACUGGGUGUAUUGAAACACCAUCCAAAGUGUAAUUAAUAACUUCACCAUGCUCAAACGCCUACUUUUUUUUACCCAUCUACCAACAGGUGCCCUUUGUGAGGAUUUGGAAAACCUCCCUGGUGUUUAUGGUUGAAUCUGUGUUUGAAAUUCACUGCUCGACUGAGCGACCUUACAGAUAAUUGUAUGUGUGGGGUACAGAGAUGAGGUAGUCAUUCAAAAAUCACGUUAAACACUAUUAUUGCACACAGACAGAGUGAGUCCAUGCAAUUUAUUAUGUGACUUGUCAAGCACAUGUUUUACUCCUGAAACUUAUUUAGGCUUGCCAUAAAGGGGUUGAAUACUUAUUGACUCAAGACAUUUCAGCUUUACAUUUUUUAUUAAUUUGUUAACAUUUCAAAAAAUUCCACUUGGUCAUUAUGGGGUAUUGUGUGUAGGCCAGUGACACAAAACCUCAAUAUAAUCAAUUUUAAAUUAAGGCUACAACACAACAAAAUGUGGAAAGAGUCAAAGGGUGUGAAUACUUUCUGAAUGCACUGUACAUAACCCAGCGGUUGGCCUAGCGUCUAAUUGUCUGCAGAUGGCCCGGAGGCUAGCGCUGAAGCUUUUUAUCCUUAGAUUAUCAGUCUGAGGGCUACAAUUAGGGCAGUGCCUCGGCCUUUGAGCGUGUCACAGUAAAAGACAGCCUUCUCUAAGGAGUUGGCUCCCUCGGGGGUGUUGGGCCACAAAACAACCCAGCCGAUGAAUAGUGUCUUGUUGUUUUGUCCUGGGUUGUGCUGUGUUUUCUUGGCUUGACUUUUGGGUAUACUUAAGACCGAGGCAAUAGAGAGUAGAUACAGCGGUGGGUUUUGAACUAAGUGGUAGUGAAGAAAUGAAGAAAGAAAAUUAAUUAAAAACCGUUCGCAUUUGAUGUAUUUCUUUACUCUAGUAUUUCUGUGUACUCCUAAUACUCUGAGUUGAAAUAAGAUAACUGGAAAGAUGCCUUUCAAAUACCUACUUCAGACUACUGUAGUUCAAAGUAAUUUGUGCAGAAAAACUCAACUCCACAACCCACAAGAACACCAAUCCAAUACACAGCUCAUACAAAGCAAGGCAGCGUACUCCCAUGCUCUCUCCAACUUCAACAGAAUGUGAGACAAAUCUCACUUGGCUGCCCUUUGGGUCGAGAGAACGAGGAGUUUCCUUUCCGCUUGGCACCCUAUCCCUGUUACUCCAUGCAUACUUCCUGUGUUGUGGUAGGAUUGGCUAGCAUCUCCCUAGCAAGCAUAGCUUAGCGUAGUCCCCCUCCCACACUGUCCAUCACUCACUGUCUGUUAUUGUCUCCCAGCGUUAGCAUAACCCCCAUUCUCCAUCACUGUUUAUUAUUGGCUCCCAGCGUUAACAUAGCAUAGCCCCCAUUCUCCAUCACUGUCUAUUAUUAGCUCCUAGCGUUAGCAUAGCCCCCAUUCUCCAUCAGUGUCUAUUAUUUGCUACUAGCGUUAGCGUAGCCCCCAUUCUCCAUCACUGUCUAUUAUUAACUGCUAGCGUUAGCGCUCAAACAGGCUAGCACUACAGGAAGCCUUGUUGUUCCCUCUUCUGUUCUCUCCCUGUUAAUCUCCGAUGCUUUGGGGACAACCCAGCUGGCCACCAGGCUAAGCGCUAAAAUUUGCCGUUAGUGAUGCCACUAAAUGCUACUGAGGGCAGAGGCCCUAAAAUGGUGUGUGUGUUAUCCCCAGCUAGGUUAUGGAGAGUCUUUAGUGAUGGCUGAGGCUGCUGGGGGGGGAUGCCUUGUCGGUGAUGAAAAGUGUGCUGGAUUAGUCUUUACCUCAAGACGCAGCUGUGAGAGAGGAAUUUUGAUGAGGAUGACAUUGGGCUUCUAAUUUAUUUCUCUGUCUUGCGUUCCCUUUCUCUCUCUUCCUCCUCUCUUUGUUUUCUCACAGUAGUGAGACAGAGCUUACAUUCUCUACGGUCAUGUGUUAGUGAAUACGUCUCACUUUCUCUCUCUAGGAGUUUACAACAGCUCCUGGACCAUGAGGGAGAGGACGUUGAGGAGACAUUUUGUCUCAACUUUGCUGUAAGUGCUCACAGGCCCACCUGUUGUGAAUUGUACCAACUCUUAGAGAUGUCUGAACCCCACACAAAAAAAUUAACAUAAACCCACUCCCUCCUGAAACACUACGUCAUCAUCCACUAAAAGAUGACUGUACAGAAAGAUCUUCACAACGUUCAGAUGCUGCAGUAGAAAUUGAUGAUAUCUAGUUGCCUGACUAGAUGGUAUCUAACCCUCCACUGUGUGUCCAUCCCAGAUCACCAGAGAGUACUAUGGUCUGACGGAGGUUAAGGAGCUUAUCCCUGGAGGAGACCGCAUCACUGUGGACAACAACAACAGGUUGGGCCCCUUAUAUAUAUAUAUACCCAACUAUAACACACACACUAUAACACUGACUUUAAAACAGAACUGCAACCGUAACCUUAUUCCUAUCUAUAACAGCACAGUCCCCAGAUCAUGUUUUAUUUCACCUUUAAGAACAAUGACAACCUGUCAAACACAUCAAUAAACAAUAAAUUACACUAUUAUAUCUACCCUACAUGACCAAAAGUAUGUGGACACCUGCUCGUCGAAUAUCUCAUUCCAAAGUCAUGGGCAUUAAUAUGGAGUUGGUCCCUCUUUUGCUGCUAUAACAGCCUCCACUCUUCUGGGAAGGCUUUCCACUAGACGUUGGAACAUCGCUGCGGGGACUUGCUUCCAUUCAGCCACGAGCAUUUGUGAGGUCGGCACUGAGGUUGGGCGAUUAGUGAGGUCAGGGUGAACUUUUAUUGUAAAUAAGAAUAGAAUAUCUUUCUAAACACUUCUACAUGAAUGUGGAUGCUACCAUCAUUACGGAUAAUCCUGAAUGAAUCGUGAAUAAUGAUGAGUGAGAAAGUUAGACGCACAAAUAAAGAUAUCCUAACCUCUCACCAUUACAAUAACAGGGGAGGUUAGCAUUUUUUGGGGGUGGGGGGGGGGGGUAGCAUCCACAUGAAUGUAACCGCAUAGUCAUUAUAUCAUUUCAAAUCUAAAGUGCUGGAGUACAGAGCCAAAACAACCAAAAACAGUUCACUGUCCCAACACUUUUGGAGCUCACUGUAUUUUGAGGCGGCGCAUCUGUCACUGACACAGAGUUAGAGCACCGUGUGGAGGAGUCCAUUGAGGUGAGAGUACGGGAGUGUGCUGGAAGCUUGUGUUGAACAGAUGGGGAUGUCCCCAGCUGAGAUUGGGUUCAGAACAGCAGCCCACGUCUCUCCACAAAUCCUCAUUAUACUUUGACUAGCCAUUUGGCUGCGGGCCAAAUCCUCAGGGCCUCCACCCAGAAAGAGAGAGAGGAGGGAAAACAGAACCCCUUCAUCCUGCCAAAACAGAGUCGGACUACGAAGGCCAUUUUGAAGGCUGUCCGUUAUGACUUGAAGUGCAGGCAUAUCUAUAAUUUUCGAGAGGCAGGUAGCCUAGUGGUUAAGAGCGUUGGGCCAGUAACUGAAAGGUCACUGGUUCGAAUCCCUGAGGUGACAAAUCUGUCUGUGCCCGUGAGCAACACACUUAACCCUAAUUGCUCCUAUCACUGUGGAUAGAAGCAUCUGCUAAAAUGACUAAAAUAUAAAAUGUGUGAAAGCAUAAUGCCAGGGCCAGGUGUUUUUCCUACUUACAGGCUGUAAUGUUAUGUGUGAAAUCAGACUGUAACUGCAGCCCAGAGUUUCUGGGCAGGUCACACGGUCAGGAAAAAACUGCUAAACAAUAAGUUGAGUCACCUUUCCUCUUCAUUACACCGAGGGAGCUUUGUUUAUUGUGAGUGGAGUUGUGGAGCCCACAGAUGCAAUGGCUAGUUUCCCAUUCCUCAUUGCUGUUUGUCAGAUCGAGUGUUUUAUUUAUGGCUGUGGGGCUCGCCAGUUUGAUCUCUGGAGGGAGAGGCUGGGGAGUGUGUGUGUGACUGAGUCAGUGUGUGUAUUAGCCACAAGUAUGUGUUUAAGUAAGAAAGGGAGAGUAGGCCAAAGAGCAACGUUCCUAUUCCCCUGCAGCCCUCCUGACGUCUCUGUAGCUGGCUGCUACAGUAUCUGUCAGGAAAUCAGGUGGGUGGCCAACCAUGUUGCUACACAGAGUUCACACAUCCUCCCUGGGCCAUGCUGUGCUGAAAUGUGUGUGCAGAGCUACAUGCCUGACACACACUGCCAUCACCAUCUUAUCCUCCUCACAGGACCCAGUUGACUCUCUCUAUCCUUUGUGCAAAGGCCCAGUUGACUCUCUCUCUAUCCUUUGUGCAAGGGCCCAGUUGACUCUCUCUAUCAUGUGUGCAAGGGCCCAGUUGACUCUCUUUCCCGUCAUGUUCUGUGUUAAAGAUGAAGUUCUUUAGCAGUUAAGUUCCUGACCAAACGAGAGAAAGGAAUCGGGGGAAGUCCCAUCCUUUAACUGCCAUGGUUGUUUAUUACUAUGAUUAAAGUAUUAAUGCGUAGAGCUCCAAUGCACAUUACCCAUCCACUUAAGUGACUAAAUUCAAGAUGGAUGUCUCAGUCUCAUGUCAUCUGAUAAAGCUUUGGAUCUCAAUUAUAGAUGGUUAUGGUGGUGGGUUAUGUGUGGUCUAUUUUAAUCUGUUUUGAUUGGCCGGGGCAGUGGCCAUGGGUCUCCAAUCUGCCCAGUAGAGCGUGUCUCCAGAAAGCAGAACACGGCCCCAUGUGACAUCCUCCUGGGAGCGACAGUUAGGCUGCGUCCCAAAUGGCACCCCAUUGCCUUUAAAGUAGUGCACUAUACAGGGGAAUAGGGUGCCAUUUGGGACGUGACCUUAGUGCUGCUCUCACUGCUAUUCUCUAUCCUCACAGAUCCCUAGUCCCCUCCUGAGGGGAUAGGCCUGCCAUGAGAAUGAAGCUAUACUGACAUAGGCACAACAUGUACAGUCCCAGUCUUAAAGGAAAACUCCACCCAAAAACUAUCUUCUGGUAUUUGUUUCAUUCGUCCAUUGUUGACAUAAGCAAAACAUUUUGGGACUGUCAGCAAUCAAGUUUUCAAGAUAUGUAACGUUCAAAAUACAGAAAUCAUCCCUGUAUGAUUAAUUUUACUGACAAACUUGUUAAAUCACCCGAGCCACUGCCUGUUCACCCCACUAUCAUCCAGAAGGCGAGGUCAGUACAGGUGCAUCAAAGCCGGGACCGAGAGAUUGAAAAACAGCUUCUAUCUCAAGGCUAUCAGACUGUUAAAUAGCCAUCACUAGCACAUUAGAGGCUGCUGCUGCCUAUUGAAAUCACUGGCCACUUUAAGAAAUGGAACACUAGUCACUUUAAUAAUGUUUACAUAUCUUGCACUACUCAUCUCAUAUGCAUAUACUGCAUUCCAUUCUAUAAUAUUCUACUGUAUCUUAGUCCAUGCCGCUCUGUCAUUGCUUGUCCAUAUGUAUAUUUUCUUAAAUUCCAUUCCUUACUAGUUUUGUGUAUUAGGUAUAUGUUGUGAAAUUGUUAGAUAUUACUUGUUAGAUAUUACUGCACUGUCGGAACUAGAAGCACAAGCAUUUCGCUACACGUGCUAUAACAUCUGCUAAACACAUGUAUGUGACAAAUAAAGUUUGAUUUGAUCAAAUAAUACAGUAAUGACAAACUAAAUCAAAAGGCCUAGAUCUGUCAGAGUAUAACUUACUCAAUCAUCAAACUGAAGCAAAGUCCUUCGUUUAAACAAAGUUCCAUGGAGCUUGGAUAGUCUUCAGCAUCUCCUGCUGCUCUCUGUGUGGAAAACCCCCAAUAUAGCCCAGGUGCAGUUAAUUUAAACCAUAAUGAGGCCACUCAAGCCAGGUGACCUGUAUAGCAGUGGGUUAUGGGCCAUGUAGUCUUCACCAUGAUGGCGAUCUUAGGGCAGACAACCCCUCUGAAGCCUACUGUGUGGCAUGGCCGUAGGUGGAGGGGCUUGUCACAUCACGUAGUGCAACAACAUGAGACAGGUAGGGGUUUAAGCAACAACAAAUGGUACUUUUAAUAAGAAUUUAAAUGGUUACAGGGGAUUACUCUCACUCAAAAAUCAUACGAACAUGGCAUAAGUCAUGGCAAAAUGUGCAGAAUUUCAGUAAAAUAGCUUUAAAACUGUAACAUUUUCUCACCGCCCCAUGGCAAAUAGUUGAAUUGCAUGAAAUUAGUUUCACAACUGCAAAACUUUCUCUCUGCCCCAUGGCAAAAUGUGUAGAAUUGCAGAAAAUGUGCUUUAAAACUGUUACAUGUUCUCUAACCUCAUGGCAAAAUGUGUAGAAUUGCAGGAAAUUAUUAAUAUGUCAAAUGUUUCUCUCUGCUGCCAAGAGGGCUUGCAUAGGGCCCCCAAAAGGCUGUCCCUGGUUAUUAACUAUACAACCAGACUACUGAUUGGAUAUCCAAAAUUAGGAUGGUAAACUGUAUGGCUCAGUAUUAUUUGUGUUGUUUAUGUCUGUCUGUGUGUCUCUCUCUGUGUCAGGGAGGAGUUUGUGGAGGCCUACCUGAAGUACAUGUUCAGGGACUCGGUGAGCGAGCUGUACCAGGCCUUCUCCUCUGGGUUCCUGAAGGUGUGCGGUGGGAAGAUCCUGUCGCUGUUCCAGCCCUCCGAGCUCAUGGCCAUGGUGGUGGGAAACAACAACUAUAACUGGGAGGAAAUGGAGAAGGUGAGCUAUAAUGCUAACGCUCAUGCUAACCCUAAUGGUAGGUGAUGCUAAGCUAACCCUAAUGGUAGGUGAUGCUAAGCUAACCCUAAUGGUAGGUCAUGCUAAGCUAACCCUAAUGGUAGGUCAUGCUAAGCUAACCCUAAUGGUAGGUCAUGGGAAGUUAACCCUAAUGGUAGGUGAUGGAGAUUUGUGAGUGGGAAUGCUAAUGCUAGGUGAUGAAGAAUGUGAGUGGUAAUGCUAAUGGUAGGUGAUGGAGAAUGUUAAUGGUAGAAGCUAAUGUUUGCUAAUGCAGAGAGUUGGUGCACACCGUAGCAAAAAAUAGCAAAACGUUUCGCAACAAAAAUGUGAGUUUCUAUUGGACAAAUUCAGGUAGGUCCCUCCCCGUUUCAUCCCGUUUGUUUCCGUUUGGUUUCGAGUGAAUACACCCCAGGGCAGUCAGUCACUGAGUCAAACAUCCAUGGAUAACACUGGUGUUGACAGGAGACCAGAGAACUGUGAGGGUAUGAAAUAUAAUGGAACAGUUGAUGCCAUACUGCAAAGCGCAGUGUCAAAACUAAUCAAAUAAUUGUUUUAAUUGUUGACCCAUCACUACAACGAACCUGUCUUGACCAGGCAGUUCUCGAGGGCAUAGCCAAUUAGACAAAAUACUUCAGUCAGAAACCAGGAAGUUCGAGCGUCUGCCUGGUCAAGUUCGAGCGUCGGGACAUGUUUCGCUCGCUAAGGGUGGGGGAGGGUAUGGGGAUUAGCCAUUGGCUAACGGAGGAAAUUCAAAAGGUCAAGGUCACCGUAAGUAAUGUGCACUGGGCUUCUCCUGGAUUUGUUUGGCCUUAGUGUGUGCAUGUUGAUGUCUUCACAUGAAUGUAAGGGGCCUGUGAUCUGUGUUUACUGCGAGUGUUGUGUGCAGGAUAUUGACAACAUGCGUAAGUGGGGCGUUUUCACAGCACUGCUCCGAAUGUGGGAAAUGUGUAUGAAGUUUGAACGCUGCGGUUAGGUUAGGUUGGGCUAACAAACACACACACACACACACACACAGGUCUGUGAGGAAUUCCGCAGGCUGUUACAUAUGAAGGAAACAUGUUCUAACUCUGAAUAACACUUAAUGAUAGUGACCAGGUGGAAUGCUUUAUAUAGAAAUCAUAGCAGUUGGCCAACUUCAGUUACAUAACUGUCCCUAAUAUAAAUCAAAUCAAAUCAAAUUGUAUUUGCCACAUGCGCCGAAAAAACAGGUGUAGAGAUUACAGUGAAAUGCUUACUUACAAGCCCUUAACCAACAAUGCAGUUUUUUAAAGAAAAAUGUAAAAUAAAAAAGUGUUAAUUAAGAAAAAUAAAAGCAAAUAGCUAAAGAGCAGCAGUAAAAUAAAAUAGCAGUAGGGAGGCUAUAUACAGGGGGGUACCGGUACAGAGUCAAUGUGCGGGGGCACCGGCUAGUCGAGGUAAUUGAGGUCAUAUGUACAUGUGGGUAGAGUUAAAGUGACUAUGCAUAAAUAGUAAACAGAGUAGCAGCAGCGUAAAAGAGGGGGGUGGGGUGGGUGGGGGGGUGUGGCAGUGCAAAUAGUCCGGGUAGCCAUGAUUAGCUGUUCAGGAGUCUUAUGGCUUGGGGGUAGAAGCUGUUGAAAAGCCUUUUGGACUUAGACUUGGCGCUCCGGUACCGCUUGCCGUGCAGUAGCAGAGAGAACAGUCUAUGACUAGGGUGGCUUGAGUCUUUGACAAUGUUUAGGGCCUUCCUCUGACACUGCCUGGUAUAGAGGUCCUGGAUGGCAGGAAGCUUGACCCCAGUGAUGUACUGGGCCGUACGCACUACCCUCUGUAGUGCCUUGCGGUCGGAGGCCGAGCAGUUGCCAUACCAGGCGGUGAUGCAACCAGUCAGGAUGCUCUCGAUGGUGCAGCUGUAGAACUUUUUGAGGAUCUGAGGACCCAUGCCAAAUCUUUUCAGUCUCCUGAGGGGGAAUAGGUUUUGUCGUGCCCUCUUCACAACUGUCUUGGUGUGUUUGGACCAUGAUAGUUCGUUGGUGAUGUGGACACCAAGGAACUUGAAGCUCUCAACCUGUUCCACUACAGCCCCUUCAAUGAGAAUGGGGGCGUGCUCAGUCCUCUUUUUUUUCCUGUAGUCCACAAUCAUCUCCUUUGUCUUGAUCACGUUGAGGGAGAGGUUGUUAUCCUGGCACCACUCGGCCAGGUCUCUGACCUCCUCCCUAUAGGCUGUCUCAUCGUUGUCGGUGAUCAGGCCUACCACUGUUGUCGUCGGCAAACUUAAUGAUGGUGAUGGAGUCGUGCCUGGCCAUACAGUCAUGGGUGAACAGGGAGUACAGGAGGGGACUGAGCACGCACCCCUGAGGGGCCCCCGUGUUGAGGAUCAGCGUGGCAGAUGUGUUGUUACCUACCCUUACCACCUGGGGGCGGCCCGUCAGGAAGUCCAGGAUCCAGUUGCAGAGGGAGGUGUUUAGUCCCAGGAUCCUUAGCUUAGUGAUGAGCUUUGAGGGCACUAUGGCGUUGAACGCUGAGCUGUAGUCAAUGAAUAGCAUUCUCACGUAGGUGUUCCUCUUGUCCAGGUGGGAAAGGGCAGUGUGGAGUGCAAUAGAGAUUGCGUCAUCUGUGGAUCUGUUGGGGCUGUAUGCAAAUUGGAGUGGGACUAAGGUUUCUGGGAUAAUGGUGUUGAUGUGAGCCAUGACCAGCCUUUCAAAGCACUUCAUGGCUACAGACGUGAGUGCUACGGGUCGGUAGUCAUUUAGGCAGGUUAUCUUAGUGUCCUUGGGCACAGGGACUAUGGUGGUCUGCUUGAAACCUGUCGGUAUUACAGACUCAGUCAGGGACAUGUUGAAAAUGUCAGUGAAGACACUUGCCAGUUGGUCAGCACAUGCUCGGAGUACACGUCCUGGUAAUCCGUCUGGCCCUGCGGCCUUGUGAAUAUAACCAUAUUAUGUUGUUUUGGCUUUUCUACUACAGAAUGCAGUUUACAAAGGAGAGUAUUCAGCCACUCAUCCGACUGUGAGGAUGUUUUGGGAGGUAUUCCAUGAGUUCCCUCUGGAAAAGAAGAAGCGGUUCUUAUGUAAGUACAAAGUAGAGCCCUAGGUUCUUAUGUAAAUACUGAGUAGAGCCCUCGGUUAUAAUAUAAUAAUAUAUAUCAGUUCUUAUGUAAAUACUGAGUAGAGCCCUCGGUUCUUAUGUAAGUAUUAAGUAGAGCCCUCAGUUCUUAUGUAAAUACUAAGUAGAGCCCUCGUUGCUUAUGUAAGUAUUAAGCAGAGUCCUCAGUUCUUAUGUAAGUAUUAAGUAGAGCCCUCAGUUCUUAUGUAAAUACUGAGUAGAGCCCUCAGGUCUUAUGUAAGUACUAAGUAGAGCACUCAGCCAACACCUCGUUAAACAAUCACUAUGACAAUCUGUAGUUUUACUCAAGGUCUAAAUGGGCACUUAGUAUUGGGACUUAGCCAGUGGCUCAAGCUCAAUGUUAUCUAUUCCUAACACUACAAGGAAAGAAGACGAGGAAAGAAAGCCCGCUUGAGUAUUAGUUCUCAGACAGUAUCUCAGCCUCAAUAAUACAGUACAUCUAAAGCUAACGCUAUCCCUCCCUCUCUCAACUAUAAUGCUAUACCUAAUGCUAACACUGGCCCUCCCCUUUUACUGUCCCUUCUUUCCCAGUAUUCCUGACGGGCAGCGACCGCAUCCCCAUCCAUGGCAUGGAGAGCCUCCGCAUCUCCAUCCAGUCCACGUCGGCCGAGGAGCACUAUCUGCCCGUGGCCCACACCUGCUACAACCUGCUGGACAUGCCCCGCUACCAGACCAAAGAGACCCUGCACCGCCGUCUCACCCAGGCCGUGGAGCAGUACGAGGGCUUCAGCCUGGUGUGAGACCUAGUGGCUGGGUCAGUGGCUCCCCCUAGAGGCCUGGAGGAGCAAGGACCAUGGGAAUUAGCAUGGUUGCUAAUGCUAAUGCACUUUAAUAACAACGCCCUGUGAAUGGGGGGUGGCUGGAUGGACGGAUGGGUGGUGGGAAGGGGGCUGCGAUUCCAUAGCACUUUCCCUAUACAGUUUACCAUAAGAGAUUAUGAUAUAUAUAAAAAGGGAGGGAUGGGGUGUACAGGGACGGAGGGAAAUGACAAAGGAGCAAACGUUUAAGACGAUUAUAGAGAAGCAGAUUAUUAUUAUUUUGAUAUAAUUGCUCAGAUUUCUGAACGCAAGGUGUGUGGCUUUAUAAUGCGUCUUGUUUUGAGAAUGGUUAUAACAGAUACUUUCUUUGGGGGGGGGGGG